CGAAAAGUUGAUCGAGAAGUCGCUCUCGGGUGCUGUGGUUGCUCGUUACUCGUACCGAGCGUACUGAGAGCGAUUCCGCGGUUACUUGCGUUUCGCACACAAAGUCGCGCGCUCGCUCGCGGACUCCGCGGACGCAGAGGUAUCUCAGGUGCGAACGCGUCGGAGAAGGACGGCGGCGAGCACCAAUCCGGUGCUGGGGCUUCAUGGUCGGCGCGCGCUAAGACGCUUCGCUUCUUUGACUUACCAGUCUAGUAGAAGACUUUGAGUGAGUAGCUAGUACCCUAGUUCAAAGUGGCGAGAUAGGGGCACGAAAGGCCCUGGCAAUCAUCGGCCAUGGCGACUGCUAAAAUGAAGAUUAUUCUUCCUUUGGUCGUUUGGAUAUGUCUUCAAUCGACUACUGUCCAAUCCUACGGAGGGAUUGGAUUUGGUAUCAAACACGAGAGAUUUCUGCUAAAUUUAGAAGAUGGCUAUUUCGGAUGUCAGAUGAACACCUCAACGGACGUCAUGCAGCUGUUCGAACUGUCGCGGUUGUGUGACGGCGUGCCGGAUUGUUUUCUAGGCUCCGAUGAACUUCGCGACGAAUUAAAAUGCACGAACGAUUGUCGAAAAGACGACGGCACCGAAUGCCAAAACGGUGCUUGCCUGGACAACAAUUGUCAUUGCAAUGACGGAUUCGGAGGAUGCAGCUGUGAAGUACCAGAUGAAAACGAGUGCAAAUACAGGCCGUGCAGUCCAUUCGCACAGUGCACGAACACCCUAGGGAGUUUCUUCUGUACUUGUUACUCAGGUUACACUGGAGAUGGUCUGCAUUGCGAGGAUAUUAAUGAAUGCGACGACCCCGCAAUCGCAGCCAGGUGUGUACAAAACGCCGAAUGUUGUAACCUACCAGCUCAUUUCCUCUGUAAAUGCAAACCUGGUUUCCAAGGAGAUGGCGAAUCCCGAUGCAUUGAUAUUGAUGAAUGCGCCCUGCCAAACACAUGUGGUCAUGGUGCGUUGUGUCAAAACACACCUGGUAACUACAGUUGUGUGUGUCCGGAAGGUUUCCACGGCAAUCCAUACGAUGGGUGUGUGGAUUUGAACGAAUGCGACUCCCCGAACGCCUGUGGCCCAGGAGCCCUCUGCACCAACCUACCAGGAGGCAAAUCCUGCACGUGUCCACCCGGCUAUGAAGGUAAUGCCUUCACAACAGGUUGUUAUGACUCCGAUGAAUGUGCCCGUUCUCCAUGUGGUCGUGACGCGCUGUGCUCCAACGCGGAAGGCAGUUUUCGCUGCGCAUGCCCUCCGGGCUUCAUCGGCGAUCCGACCGUCUCCUGCACAGAUAUUAACGAGUGUGAGUCAAGCCCAUGCGCGUUGAGCGCGCAAUGCGUCAACACUAACGGCAGCUACAGUUGCUUAUGCCCGGCUGGCUUCACGGGAUCAGCGCGUGAAGAAUGCCUGGACAUCAAUGAGUGCGGCAGGUCAGGCGCUUGUGGGAUUAACGCAAAAUGUAUAAACGUACCGGGAUCUUACAAGUGCCUGUGUCCGCAAGGGUUCACCGGACAGGGACACUUGUUUUGUGAAAAUAUAAAUGAAUGCGAAACAAAUCCGUGCGGCGCGAAUGCACUCUGUAAGGACACCGUAGGCAGCUAUGUCUGCGUGUGUAAGGAGGAUUACGUCGGCGAUCCCAUAAAGGGUUGCGUUGAUGUGGACGAGUGCAGCACGUUGGAGCAGCCGUGCGGGACGCAUGCCGUUUGCGAGAAUACCUCGCCGGGCUUUAAUUGCCUCUGCCCGCAAGGAUACCGCGCGAGUCCCUCACCGAAAGUCGCUUGCGAACAAGUGGACGUCAACAUUCUCUGUAAAUCUAAUUUUGAUUGCACCAACAACGCCGAGUGUGUGGAUGCGCAGUGCUUCUGUCAGAAGGGUUUCGUGCCGAAAGGUGCGAAUUGUCUCGAUGUUGAUGAAUGCGCCGCGGAGCCAUGCGGGCCGAAUGCGGUGUGCACCAACACAGUGGGAAGUUAUCAUUGUGAAUGCGAGAAUGGACAUGUGGGCACACCGCCGCGGGUGCAAUGCAAGGCGCCUUGCGAAGACGUCAAGUGCGGUGAGCAUGCUUACUGUAAGCCAGACGGACAAGAAGCCUACUGUAUAUGUGAAGACGGAUGGACGUUCAAUCCGCGCGACAUAUCCGCCGGUUGUAUCGACAUCAAUGAGUGCGACAAAGUGAAUGGUCCGAAUGGCAGGUGUGGCGUUAAUGCGAUAUGCACCAACACUCCCGGCGGGUACGGAUGUUUGUGUCCGCCGGGAUUUUCAGGAAAUCCAGCGCAGAAGUGUGUCGACAUUGAUGAAUGUAGCAGGUCACAUGCGUGUGGACUGGGUGCCAUAUGCAUCAACACGGCUGGCACGCAUACCUGCCAAUGUCCCGAGGGGACUGUGGCGGACCCAGAUCCAUUCACCAAGUGCAAUGAGAUUGUUACUUGUAACAAAGAUGAUGAUUGUCCUGGGAAUGCUAUUUGUGACCCGGACAAGAGAUGUUUAUGUCCUGAACCCAAUAUUGGGAAUGAUUGUAGACAUCCCUGUGAAUCAGUCUUUUGUGGUCCCAAUGAACAAUGUAUGUUGAUAAAUCAAGAAGCAAAAUGUAUCUGUACCGCUGGGUAUACCGGAUCCCAUUCAGGUUGUGUUGAUAUUGAUGAAUGUGCUGGUAACCCAUGUCCACUUGGUGCCGUGUGUAAAAACCAACCGGGUACCUUCACGUGUGAAUGUCCCGGAGGAACCGCCGGUGAUCCGUAUAGAUCUGGUUGCACGAAGGCCGAUCUGCCUUUCAGUUGUUCAGCCUCGAAACCUUGUCCCCCAGGCGAGCAGUGCAUAGCGGAUGACUUUAACGGUGAAAACGUGUGCAUCUGUGUGCAAGGAUACGUCCGUGAUCAUGAAACCGGUAAAUGUCGUGAUAUCAACGAGUGUACUGAAUUACGAAACAAGCCGCCAUGUGGUCUCAAUGCAGUGUGCAAAAAUCUUCCUGGCAGCUACGAUUGCCAAUGCCCACCUGGUUUUAAUGGUAAUCCAUUUUCGGAAUGCAGUGAAUGCAACUCCCCCGACUGCAGGUGUCAACCCCCAUACAAACUGGUCGAUGGUAACUGCGUGUUGGCUGGUUGUUCCAAGAAGGAAAAGUGCCCGCCCGGCGCCGAGUGUAUUACAAUUACGGGCGGCGUGAGUUAUUGCGCCUGCCCGAAGGGUUUUAGAACAUUAGACGACGGUACGUGUCAGGACGUUAACGAAUGCAAGGAGAACCGCGUUUGCGGGUACGGCGCCGAGUGCAUCAACACGCACGGAAGUUUCGAAUGCAAAUGCCCGCCCGGUUAUGGCGGUGAUGCUUAUAAUGGACUCUGCGCUCCAGCACAAAAACGCUGCAUCAGCGAUAAUGAAUGCUCAGCGAAUGAGAAAUGCGUGCAGCCUGGAGAAUGCAUAUGCCCACCACCAUUCUACUCAGAUCCAGAUGAUAACAACAAGUGUAAAAAUCCCUGUGAACGUUUCCCAUGUGGAAUCAACGCCAAAUGCACACCAAGUGAUCCUCCAAGAUGUAUGUGCGAAGUGGGUUUCAAAGGUGACCCGCUUCAAGGAUGUACCGACAUAGAUGAAUGCGUUGACGCACCAUGUGCAUACGGUGCGCAUUGUCUCAACGACAAAGGUGGAUACAAAUGUGUAUGUCCUAAAGGUAUGACCGGAGAUGCUUACAAAUCCGGUUGCAUCCUAGACACACCAGGAACACUCAAGUCCGAAUGUACAUCUAAUAAUGACUGUGCGAAUACUCUCAGUUGUGUUGAUGGUACAUGCAUAAGUCCAUGCGGUGGACUAUUAUGUGGUUCACAUGCAUAUUGCGAGCCUGACAAACAUGCUGCCUGGUGCAGAUGUUCAGUAGGCUACAAAGAAAACAAGCGUGGCGAAUGUGUCUCAUUAUGUGACGGAUAUAUCUGCGGUUCAGGAGCACAAUGUAUCGUCACCAACAGUGGUCCCACCUGCAAAUGCUUCGAUGGUUUUAUUGGUAAUCCAUUCGCGGGCGGGCAAUGCACAACCGAUGUCUGCUCAGCGAAGAAACCAUGCCAAGAACCGCAGAUAUGCAUCGGCGGGCGAUGUAAAGAAAGAUGCGAAGGUGUUGUUUGUGGUGUCGGUGCACACUGCGACAAAUCAUCGAACAAAUGCGUGUGCGAUGACUUUUUCAUUGGCAAUCCGGACCUCAUUUGCAUGCCACCGAUCUCGGCCCCCGCAUGCAAUCCGGACUGUGGUCGGAACGCCCACUGCGAGUACGGCAUCGUUAAUCAAUGCGUGUGCAAUACUGGUACCACGGGCAAUCCCUACGAAGGUUGCAGUAAGGUGGAAACAAAAACAUGCCGGACAACACAAUGUGGAGAUAGUGCUGAAUGUCGAGAAUUGUACAACAAUGUGGAAUGCGUGUGUCCGGCAGGCUUUGGUGGUAAUCCGUACGUCGGUUGUCGGGAUCUCGACGAGUGCAGUAACAACGCCUGUGGUGAAAGUGCCGUUUGUAUCAACACUCCCGGUAGUUACGACUGUCGUUGCAAAGAAGGUUAUGCUGGUAAUCCAUUUGUGAUGUGUGCUAGAGUCCAAGGAGGUGGGGUAUGCCAAGAUGCUUAUUCGUGUUCGUGUAAUGCUAAUAUUCUGUGUCCGGUUGGUUUCUCAUGUGAGAAUGGACGUUGUAAGAACCUCUGUGAGAAUGUUCGGUGUGGCCCACGUGCGGGUUGUGACGGUGGCAAAUGUGUAUGCCCACCUGGUUACGUAGGAAACCCUCGAGAUAUGAAAAACGGCUGCAACUUGAAGGACCAAUGCAACAACGAUGCGGAAUGUAAAGAUUCAGAAAUCUGCUUCCAGCUGGGAAAAGGUUUGAGGAAAUGUGUUGAUGCAUGCAGUAAGAUUCAAUGCGGGCCGAAUGCGCUGUGUGUGGGUGCUAAUCAUCGAUCAUCAUGCAUAUGCGCCUCUGGGUAUUUCGGCAAUCCGGGUGAUUUAACCAUGGGUUGUCAGUCCGAGGAGCGGGUCAACAUGCGCGAAUGUGAGCGUGAUGGCGAUUGUAAGAAGGGAACUGUUUGCGGCAUGGACGGCAAUGGAAUCCAGAAAUGUAUUAACCCGUGCACGUCUGUAGCUUGCGGGCUGCACGAGGUCUGUCAAUUAGGCAAAGGCAAUCAACCGAACUGUGUGUGCAAACCGGAGUAUAUGUGGAAUCCCGUUACGUCGCUGUGUGAAAAACCAUCCGUCCCCGAUUGCACGCUGGAUGCAGACUGUAGGCAAACUGCAGCAUGCACAUCCGAUGCCCUUGGCGUCCUCAAGUGUGUCUCAGUGUGUUCCCACUUUACAUGUCCCACAAAUGCGGUGUGUAUCGCUUCCGAUCACAAAGGCAGCUGUCAAUGCUUGGAUGGCUUUACUGGUAAUCCCAAUGACCGUAAUGGAUGUCGUCCGUUAUUGCAGAAUCAAUGCACGUCCGAUGGUCAAUGUUCCGAGUUGGAAAAAUGCGCGAAAGUUAAUGGGAUCUUCACAUGUCGUCCCUCUUGUGAGUACAUCAGCUGUGGACCACACGCCGUUUGUAUUGUUAAUAACCACGUAGCACAAUGCCAGUGUCCACCGGGCCCCUACGCCGGUAAUCCUAACGAUCUUAUAAAUGGUUGCAAAUCGGUACCAUGUGUUUACAAUGUCGAUUGUCCGCCCACGCAGUUAUGCAACAGAUUAUCGCACACUUGCCACGACGUGUGCAACGAAGACUCGUGCGGCAUCAAUUCCGUCUGCCUGGCUGAAAAUCACAAAGCGAUAUGUCAGUGUCCGCCCGGUUUUCAUCCCAAUCCAACUGCGGAGAUUGAAUGUGGUCAGUUGGAUAGUUGUAAUCCAAAUCCAUGCCACCCAUCGGCGAUUUGUGAAGGAUCCCCGUCGGGACAUACCUGCAAAUGCCCAGCGAAAUUCAUCGGAGAUCCAUUCCAAACCGGAUGCCGCCCGGAAGGAGAUUGCCUACAUGAAGAUGACUGCCCGAUUCAAUCUGUGUGCAAAUCAGGACGCUGUGUGAAUCCCUGCGAGCAUAUUACAUGCGGGCCUAAUUCAGUCUGUAAUGUGAUGAAUAGAAAACCAGUUUGUGCUUGUCCAGCAAGAUUUGUUCCGUCUCCGAAUGGGCCCCAAGAUGGAUGCACGCGGACUACCACGAGUUGCUCAACUGAUUUAGAUUGUGGCAAUGAUAUUUGCUUUAAUGGCAUUUGCAAAUCAGUGUGUAGGAAUAAUGAUGAUUGCACCUCGGACGAACGAUGCAUACAAAAGAUGUGUAUGAUUCCGUGUGCUGCUCACACCCAAUGCCCACUCAAUCAGGCAUGCACAGGCGGAAUGUGUAUUAUGGGAUGCCGUGGAAACAAAGAUUGUCCCACGGAUCAUGCUUGUAUCAACAACAAAUGCCAGAAUCCUUGUUUGAGCGACAAUGUUUGUGGGCCGAAUGCUUUGUGUACCUGCGUUGACCACCAGACUAUCUGCCACUGCCCAGCUGGUUUUGAUGGUAACCCAACACCUAAUCUAGGAUGUAUCCGUAUGCCUACCAGUUGUACUACCACCAGUGAAUGUCCCACGAAUCAUAUGUGUAUUGGGAACAUGUGUAACCUACCAUGUAGUGAUACCAGCUUCUGCGCAGUAGGAGAAAGGUGUUAUAACAAUGUCUGCGUGAAGGUAUGCUACGGUGAUUCCAAUUGCCUUCAAGGAGAAAUCUGUGUCAAAGGUGUCUGUCAACCCGGAUGUGCCACAGAUUCCGACUGUAAACAAACUCAAGUCUGCACCAAUAACAAAUGCAGGUGUGCUGUGGGUUUCAUCCAGGGACCUCAAGAAUGUAUGGAUAUUGAUGAAUGCGAAACUAAACCAUGUCACAAAUCAGCAACCUGCACCAAUAUCCCAGGGUCUUACAGAUGUACCUGCCCAGAUGGCACUGUGGGUGACCCAUUCUUCCACCCUGGUUGCCGUAAACCCAAUCAAUGCGACAAUGAUAAUGAAUGUUCAGAACUGUUGGCAUGCAGAAGAGGAAAAUGUGUUGAUCCCUGUAUAAGUCAAAGAUGCGGACCUGCUGCCGAGUGUAACAUCUUCAACCAUGCAGCAUCCUGUGACUGCCCAUCAGGUUACCUAGGAGAUGGUUUUGAUACCAAACUGGGAUGCUUCAAAGUGGAAUGUUUAGCGGAUGUUGAUUGCCCUGAUAAUAAAUUCUGUGACACAGAAAAUAACAAAUGUGCAAGUCCCUGUGAUAAAAUGGAUUGUGGGAAAGGCGCAUGCGCAGCUCAGGUCCACCGUGCCACGUGUAACUGUUUCAGUGGGUACCAGUUAAUUGAUGAUCAUUGUGUUGAUAUUGAUGAGUGCUCGUCAUUAAACCCAUGUCAUGCAUCCGCAAUUUGUCAAAACACGCCUGGAGCAUACACGUGCUCAUGCGCUGAAGGCUUAGUAGGUGAUCCGCUCACUACCGGUUGCCGUAACCCAGGAGAUUGUUUCACGGAUACCGACUGUCCAUCAUCCGCGGUGUGUGUUGAUAAUCGCUGUAAGAAUCCAUGCGAGGUUGCAAACACCUGCGGCAAGAACGCAGAUUGUAUCCCGGUUGGUCACCAGGCGACGUGUAAGUGCCCAGCGCAGACACGUGGUGAUGCCUUAGUAGAAUGCGUCCGGAUUGAAUGCAUGGACAAUAAUGAUUGUGGACAACACGAUGCUUGUAUUAAUUACCAUUGCGUGAACCCAUGUAGUUUGCCCAACGCCUGUGGGCAGAAAGCUGACUGUGUAAACUCCAACCACAAUGGUAUUUGCACGUGCCAACCGGGAUAUACUGGUGAUCCACAACUUGGUUGCGUGUUGGUGCAAUACUGCGCUGCGGAUAAUCAAUGCCCAUCAGGGACAAAGUGCAGCAACGGUGUUUGUAGCUCAAUCUGUUCCUCGAAUCGUGAAUGUAUCGGUGAUCAAAUUUGCAUUCAAAGCACAUGCGAAGCAACAUGCAAGUCGAAUUCCUCAUGUCCUGAUUUUCAAUUUUGUCAGAAUAACGUGUGCACGCAGGAAUUCAAAUGCCAAGUACACAAAGACUGUGAAUUCAAUGAGCGUUGUGUCCGAAACAGUUUAGGACAAAACGAGUGUUUUGACGCGUGCGAAGGUGCAAUUUGUGGGCGCAAUGCCGACUGUACAUCAAAGAACCACAAAGCGGUAUGCGCUUGUAAGAAAGGAUACCGAGGAAAUCCCAAUGAUGAACGCCACGGUUGUAUCGAAGUGGAAUGCGAGAACAGUGCACAAUGCAGUAAUGACAAAUUGUGCGAUGAAAACAUGUGUAAAAUUGCUUGUCUCGUGCAUAAUCCAUGCGGGAAGAAUGCUUUGUGUUCAGCCGAGAACCACAAACAAGAAUGCUAUUGUCAACCUGGUUUCACUGGUAAUCCACAUGUGGGAUGUCAUUUGAUUGAUUUCUGUGCUGAUUUCCCUUGUGGACCAGGUGCCAGCUGUCAAAAUUCAAGAGGAUCUUUUAAAUGUCUAUGUCCAGAUGGAACAAUAGGUGAUCCCUAUAAUGAAGGAUGUAGACCUCCGGUUGAAUGCAAUGUUGAUCAUGACUGCCCAUCUGCUACUUCCUGUGAUAGGACUAAUGGAAUCCACAAAUGUAGAGAUGUUUGCUUACAGACAACUUGUGGACCUAAUGCUGAAUGCGUACCGGUUGAUCACGUCGGGCAUUGUACAUGCCGAACAGGGUAUCAGGGUAAUCCAUCUGAUAUUCAUAUUGGAUGUAGACCGAAACCAAUAUCUUGUCAUACAACAGCAGAUUGUCCUAGUAAUACUUACUGUUAUGGAGAAUCAUGUAAACCUACGUGUGAAUCAAAUGAAGAAUGUGCUCUAUCCGAGGAAUGUCUCCAAGGACAAUGCUUAAAUUCUUGUGAAUUGCGGAAUGCCUGCGGAAUGAAUGCCAAAUGCAGAAUGGACGAUCACACCAAAGAUUGUAAAUGCCCCGCUGGGUUCACUGGAAAUCCGGAUUUAGAAUGCAUAAGACUGCCAACAUCUUGUUUAUCAAGUCAUGACUGCCAAGAAAACUUCAUUUGUACUAACCGUACUUGCGUGCCAGAAUGUAAAAUCGACAACGAUUGUGCUUUCAAUGAAAAAUGUCUCAAAGGCAGUUGUAUAUUGACCUGCCGCGUGGAUAACGAUUGCUUCCUAGGUCACAUCUGCGUGAAUAACGUUUGUAACUUUGGUUGUCACAGUGAUGACGACUGUAGUUCCAGUGAACAAUGCAGGGAUAACAUGUGUAUAGAACCAUGUUUAGACAACCCCUGUGGACCCAAUGCGCUAUGCACAGCUAGUGGCCACCGUACCACAUGUUCAUGUAUCAAAGGAUUCGUUCCAAAUCCAUCUGCAAAGGUGGCCUGUGUCCGAGCACCUGCCCCGCCAUGCACUAACAACAAACAAUGUUCAUCUGGUAAUGUCUGCCUAGAAGGUUCCUGUAGAUCUGUUUGUUCAGGUGAUGAAGGUUGUCUGAGUAAUGAACGCUGCGAGGUGAAUACAGGUGUUUGUAAACCUCUAUGUCGACGUGAUGAUGACUGCGAGUUUGGAGAAAUCUGUGAGAGUCUUGUUUGUUUAACCGGAUGUCGAAGUGAUUCAGGGUGUACCAGCAAUCUGGCAUGUGUCAAUGGAAAAUGUUUAGACCCAUGUGAUUCUCCAACCGCAUGUGGUACCAAUGCAGAAUGCACAGUGUUCAAUCACGACAAGGUAUGUAGUUGCAUGGCACCAUUAGCAGGUAAUCCAUUUGAUUCAUGUCGGUACCCUGUCAAACCAUGUUUGUAUGAUUCUGAAUGCCUUGAUGGUCACGCAUGUUAUGCUGGGUAUUGUGAGCAAAUGUGUCGCAAUGAUAAAAACUGCCUGUCAGAUGAAAGAUGCGUGAAGGGUACCUGCAAAGCAAUUUGUAACUCGGAUAGUAAAUGUGGACAGAACCAAAUCUGUGAGAAUAGAAUAUGCGAGAUUGGUUGUCGAAGUGAUUCUGUAUGUCUACAUAACCAAGCGUGUAUAGCAAACAAAUGUCAAGAUCCAUGUGAAGCUGGUACGGUAACAUGUGGAGCGUGUGCAACCUGCAGUGUGAAGAACCACGUAGGUCAAUGUAGUUGUCCAAGUAACUUCUUGGGUAAUCCAUUGAUAGCAUGUACAAAACCAGCGACAAGGUGUGAUGGAGUAUGUGAAUGCGAUGAGAUAGGAUACUGUAUUAAAUCAUGCAGAGGUGACCAGGAAUGCGCAUGUGGGGAGAUGUGUUACGAAGAUAAAUGCCGUACCAAAUGUUCAACCUUCAACGCAUGCGCACAGGGACAAGUGUGUGAAAAUGGCGCGUGUAAACCCGGAUGCAAAUCUAAUUCGGACUGUGCCAGUGCAGAAUCUUGCAUAGAACGAAAAUGUCAAGAUCCAUGUAUUGUAUCCAACCCAUGUGGUAGGAAUGCAGUUUGUAGGGUAUCUGAACACAGAACUAUUUGUCUAUGCCCUGAUGGGUUCCAUGGUGAACCCACUAAAAGCUGCACACCUUAUGAAUGUGAAAGAGAUGAUGACUGUGAAAGUAACAAGAAAUGCAGUGCGGAUAAAGCAUGUAAGAACCCAUGUUUAGAAAACAACGCAUGUGGGGCCAAUGCACAAUGUAGGGUUAGUGACCGAAAAGCACAAUGUUCCUGCCCACCUGGAUACUUUGGUAAUGCAGCAAUUGAAUGUAAACAAGGCGGAAAUGAAGAAUGUCUUAAAAACCCAUGUGGAGAGAAUACGAAAUGUAGGGAUACCAAUGGAGGUUAUGAAUGUUCAUGUGCCACUGGUUGCAUAGGUGACCCUUACAGAGGAUGUGUCUGUGAAGGGCACCUAGUAAACCUAUGCAAUAAAAAACGAUGUGGGUCCAAUGCCCAAUGUAGAAUUGUCAAUGGUAAAACAGCACAAUGUUUCUGUCCAUUGGAAUACCCAUCAGGUGACCCAACAAUUGAAUGUACUGCCGAAAGAGGUGUUGUUGAUUGUAGAACCGAAGGAUGUGGUCAGAAUGCUGAAUGUAUCAGAGAGCAGGCGUUCUUUGUAUGCCGAUGCUUGCCAGGAACCUCCGGUCGUCCGGAAGUAGAAUGUAGACGAGACAUGGAAUGUAACAGUGACCUAGAAUGCCCGAACGAGAAGGCAUGCAUCAACUCGCAAUGCAUUGACCCGUGCAGCUUGCGUGGGGCAUGCGGGCUGAACGCCAUUUGCAAAGUGGUGCUCCAUAGACCCAGGUGCUCGUGUCCCCAGUGCCACGUGGGCAUGGCGAACACCGCGUGCCACCCGGACCCUAAAUGCCAGCACACCCCCGAGGCCCGGCCGGCACCAAACGUGCAAUGUCUUGGGGACGCAGACUGCCCAAAUACGCUUGCUUGCAAUCAGCGUGCGGGAGAGUGUUAUAAUCCCUGUAAAAGCCCUUCGGUGAAGUGCAGCUUCAAUAAGAAGUGCGAGGUGCACAACCAUCGAACAACCUGCGUCUGCAAAAAUGGUUUUGUUGUGAAUGAACAUGGUGAGCUUGCGUGUGCCCCUGAUAAUCUUGAAUGCACACAAAGUAGUCAAUGCACGUCGAAUACGGCGUGUAUGGACGGCCGGUGCCAGAGCCCCUGCGCGAAAUCGCCAUGCCCCCCUGAUAAAGCUUGCGAGGUGCUUAAUCAUCAACCCAUUUGCAUUUGUAUGAAAGACUGCAAUCCAUCGCUAUCAAUAUGCCUAAGAGACAGUGGCUGCCCGCCUACGCAGGCAUGUAGAGCUUUUAAAUGCGAAGAUCCUUGCGCCACUGCCAGUUGCCCAGCUGAUACCCCUUGCUAUGUCGAAGAGCACAAACCGAUCUGCAAAUUUUGCCCCCACGGAUUUGUGUCAGACUCGAAGUAUGGAUGUCUCAAAGUUGAUAAUUCAAGUGGGAUUAAAUGCGCAAAGGACGCAGAUUGCGCUGAAGCACAUACAUGUGUAAAGGGCGCAUGCGCUGAUUUAUGUCUCACCUCGUGUGGCAAAGCGGCAAUAUGUCAGCCACACGGACACAUGGUGACAUGCCGCUGUCCGAUUGGAUACGAAGGCAAUGCAUCCAUUGAAUGCUUCCCAAAAACAGACACCUCCUCAACCAUGUCUCCACUAAGUCAAACCCAAACUACCUCACCUCCAACAUCAAAACAAGUUCCUUGUAUAAAGGUCAACGAUUGUCCUGUGAACACUACUUGUGUUAACAGUACCUGCGUUAACCCUUGUAGUCAUUACAAACCGUGUCCCAGAGGUGUUCAAUGUGAUGUAAUUGGCCACAGCAUGUAUUGCAAGUGCCCGUUACCCUUGAAUAAGACAAAAGUGCCUGGAUGUAAAAUAUUUCCAGAAGUCGCGUGCCAUGCUCAUGAACAAUGUCAGGCGGAUCAGGCUUGUAUCAAUGGAAGAUGUGAGAACCCUUGUGCUGCUUCCAACCCAUGUGGGCACCAACAAGACUGCCAAAUACAAAACCAUCAACCUGUUUGUGUAAAGGUGUGUCAAUGUCAAAGACACCAGGAUUGUGGAAGUUAUGGCUUAAUAUGCGAUGGUUGCAAUUGUGUUCAACAUGAGGAACCUGUCAUCACCAGUGGAUGUGAACACUGCCCACCAGGUGUACCCUGUGACCCUACCACUGGCGCCUGCAUAAAGGAUGAUGGAACAACGCGGCCUGCUUUUGAGACACAAACUAUGUCCGUAACCAAAGCAUUCACUACCACCACUAAUGCUCCUGUACCUACCACAAUUGACAGUUAUAUUACGUCUACAUUACACACAGACACAACGUUAGAGUCUCACACUACCAAUGAUCUCUUAUUGCCUGAAGUGACAACAGAAAGUUUUAUUGAUAGAGAUUCAGUUACUUUUAAUCCUGUUACUAGUGGGACCAGUAGUGGUUCUGAGGAGAGUACUUCUGAAAUAGGUUCUUCUGUAACUACUUCUCAUAGUUUAGAAAUAUCUACUUCUUCUGAUUCUCAGACUACUUUUUACCAAACUGGUAAAACUGAAGGUACUUCCAGUAUAGCGUCAGUUACGGUAAAUGAUUUAUUGCCUGUGGAAACUACUGCUACCACUGAAUCUAUUAGUUCAAUUACAACUGAAGGUAUACCUUUUACUUCAUCUCCUGUUAUGACCACCAGCAGUUCUGAAACAACACAAGACUUAGGUUUAUCUUCAGAAAUUUCAACUGAGAAAACUACUAUUAGAAUCACUACUGAAGGUAUACCUUUCACGUCAGGUCCUAAAGUGACUACUAAGGAACCAAUUAUUCCUGGUAAUUUGUUUACUUCAGGACCAAUAACAACUAAGACUUCUACUGUAGGAACAACUGAGGUACCUUAUGUAACAGAUGUAACUGACGAUGAUAUUGUCGAGCAUGAUAUUACUGAUACUGAUACUGAUUAUACUGUUAGUGAAACUCCUGAGGUGACCAAAAAGUAUGAUACUGUUGAUAAGACUACUUCUGCGACAACAUCUUCAUAUGUUGUCACUUCUGAGACAACAACACAAUCUACCCCUGAAACAAUUACAGGUGAUACUUCUACUAUACCUACUUUGUUUACCACUGAAGAUGUUACUAUAUCAGAAACCCCAUCCGUGACUAAGAAAUAUUAUACUGUUGGUCCAGAAUCAACUACAGAAUAUACCUCAACAGAAUCUGAUAUAACACAAUCCACACAAACUACAGUAACAUCAGGUAUUACUGUACCUACUAGUUCAACCACUAAAUUAGAGACUGAAACAACUGAAAAAACCAUUCCCCAAGUUUCUAGUACCCAGCAAACAAUUACAGAAUCUAAUAUUAUCACAACAGAAGAAGUAACAGUUUCGGAAAUACCUUCAGAAACUAAAAAAUAUUACACAGUUGGCACAGAAUCAACUUCAGAAUAUAUUUCCACAGAAUCAGAUAUAACACAAUCCACACAAACAAUAGUAACAUCAGGUAUUACUGUGCCAACUAGUUCAACGACUAAAUUAGAGACUGAAACAACUGAACAAACCAUUCCCCAAGUAACUAUUACCCAACCAACAAUUACAGAAUCUACAGAAGAUGUGACAGUUUCAGAAACACCCACAGUAACUAAAAAAUAUUAUACAGUUGGUACAGAAUCAACUUCAGAAUAUACCACAACAGAAACUGAUACAACCCAAUCCACACAAAUUUCAGUAACAUCAGGUAUUCCAGAAACUACUAGUCCCUCUACUAAAUUAGAGACUGAAACAACAACUAAACCUUUUGUUGAACACACAAUUCCACAUGUUACUGGUACCCAGUCAACACCUACAGAAUCCAUUGUUCCCACAACAGAAGAAGUAACAGUUUCAGAAAUACCUUCAGUAACUAAAAAAUACUACACUGUUGGUACAGAAUCCACUUUAGAAAACACCACACCUUCAAUUACAGACACAACUCCUAAACCAACAACAAGUUUACUAACAGAAGCAACGACAAGACCAAAUAUUGAACAUACAAUAAAACAUGUCACAGCCACACCUGCUGGUACCACACCAACCGUCACACAAGAAUCCACGACAAAACCUUAUAUUUACACAACAAUAGAACACGUAGCAGGUACUACAGAACACACAGAAACUUCCAAAGUAAAUGACACUGUCUAUGUCACUGCCAAUACUGUUAACACGCCAAAGUACGAGCCUACUACUAUAACCACACCCAAACCGGAAACAACAACACAGCCAAUCGUAGAACACACAAUAGAUCAUGUCAAAGCAAAUAGAACUACUGAAUCAAGUGUGACUGAAGGUACACCCACAUCUACUAUCAAAUAUGUUUAUGCUGAGACCACAGAACAUGGUAAAAUGGCUAGUGAGGUCACAACAAGUGAAGGUACAUCCACUACAGAAGUAGUUACAAAAGUAUCAGUUAUUAAUGAGACUACCUCCAAGAAAACAUCAUACCCUGAUAUUUUCACAGGGUAUACUGUCCCUGUUAUAAUUUUAACACCAGAUUUAACCACUGCUCAGACACCUGUUAAACCUUCUGAAAAAACAACUCAGACACCAAUAAUUACAGAAACAACUUUAGGUGUGGACCUUUCUGAGGUCACCACUAGUUCAGAUAUUUCUAGUAGCCCUGAUCUGAAAACAAAUCUUACCACUGCCCCAUCUUUAAUUACUGACGCAACCACUGCCAUUACAACAGAAACACCAGGUGUUCAGACACAGACAGAUAUUAUUUCUACAACUACCCAAGAACCAUCCACGCUGUUCCCUGUCAUAACCGAAAUUAACACUCCCAUAAUUCCAUCGUUUACUGACAUCAUUCCAAUUAAAAACCUUACCGAUGUAGUCGUUAAUCAAACUAAACCAUGCCGCAAAGAUGACGAUUGCACGCCGCUCGAGACCUGCCUGAAUAAUCAGUGCGUAAUCAGUUGCUCAAUCGGAGGCCGGUGCGCACCGAAUGCAAUUUGUACAGUUAUUAACCACGCGGCCGUAUGUAUGUGUCCACCCGGAUACUCAGGCGAUCCCAAAAGGGAUUGUUUGCAAGAACCCGGUCAUCCAAAGGCACCCAAACCGUGUGAGUCAGAUAAUGAUUGUCUAGAGAUCGAGGCGUGUUACAUGUCGAUCUGCCAAGAUCCGUGCGAAUUUGCUGACGUUUGUGCUAAAUCAGCAAAAUGCCAAGCGAAAAUGCACCGGCCGAUUUGUACAUGUCCUCGUGGUUACGAAGGCAAUCCAGCAAUAAAAUGCUUCAAAUCAAGACCAAUUGGUUGCACUUCGAAUGAGCACUGCCCGAUAACGGAGGCUUGCGUGAAUGGUGCCUGCAAGAGACCAUGCGAUCUUCAUGAUCCGUGCGCACAGAAUGCUAUUUGCAUUAAUACCAAUCAUGGUACGGACUGUAGCUGCGCCGAGGGAUAUCAAGGAAAUGGAUAUGUAGGCUGUACACCAGUAAUUGAUUACAAACCAAUCUGCCAAUACAACGAAGACUGCCCACCGAAUAAGCUAUGCGAUAGAUUAAACAGGCUAUGCAUUAACCCAUGUUUUGAAGAUUCCUGCGGAGAUAACGCAGAAUGCAUUCCGAAGAAUCACGGAAUAGACUGCCAAUGUUUACCGGGACACGUGGGUAAUCCCUAUGUGUUCUGUAGUUUGGUUCAGGGUUGUCACAGUGAUAGUGAAUGCCCUACCAAUUUGGCUUGCAUCAACACCCAAUGUGCUUCACCAUGUAAAUGUGGAUCAAAUGCUAUUUGUGAUGUCAUCAAUCAUAAACCACAAUGUAAAUGCCCUGAAGGAUAUGCGGGUAACCCUUUGACAGGAUGCAGUCCACCAAGUAACCCUUGUGAUCCAAACCCUUGUGGAUUGAAUGCAUUCUGCGAGUUGGAUAAUGGCAACCCCAUUUGUUUCUGUCCUAAAGGUCUUACUGGAAAUCCAUUUAAGAACUGCAUUCCUGAAGGUGAUGAGUGCACACCAAACCCAUGUGGUCCCAACUCUGGAUGUAGAUUAGUAGGAGGUCAAGCAGUUUGUUUCUGUCUGCCUGAAUAUGAAGGUACACCACCAACAGUACCAUGUGCAUUACCUGACAACCCUUGUAACCCAUCACCAUGUGGUCCUAACACACAAUGUACUAUUUUAUCCAAUGGUUUUGCUAAGUGUACAUGUCUGCAUGGAUACCUUGAAAGCCCCAAUACCAUCCGAGGUUGUGUAGAACAAAGAAACCCAUGUGAACCUAACCCAUGUGGUCAUGGAGCUCAGUGUGAUCCACAUCGUGAACCAGUUUGCUUCUGCCCAUAUGGACUCAUUGGAAACCCUUAUAGAAGCUGUGCUGAACCAGUGCAAGCACCUGUCCUAUGCCAACCUGGACCAUGUGGGGCCAAUGCAGAUUGCUAUGUGUCCAACAAUGAAGAACAAUGUUACUGUAAAAAUGGAUUCAUUGGAGAUGCUUAUGUUGGAUGCACUUUACAACCAACUAAUCCAUGCAUUCCAAACCCCUGCAGCCCCGGUGCUAUUUGUGUACUCAGCGAAAACAACCAACCUGUAUGUCAAUGCCCAAUUGGAAUGGGAGGAGACCCAACCGGUGCUGCUGGAUGUCAUGGAUUUGAAUGCUUGGUAGAUUCAGAUUGUUCUCAAUCAGCUGCUUGUAUUGGUCACAGGUGUAGAGAUCCUUGCCCUGGAUCUUGUGGCGUGAACGCUGAUUGUAGAGUUGAACAACAUCACCCAGUCUGUACCUGUCACCAUGGUUUAACAGGAAACCCAAUUGUCAGAUGCUACGCUUUACCAGCUCCAAUGCCAGUGAAUGAUCCUUGUAUGCCAAACCCUUGUGGACUCAACACCAUCUGCCAAGUACUCAAUGGAAGAGCAGUUUGUUCUUGUUUGCCUGAUUUCUUGGGAGAUCCACAAUUUGGUUGCAAACCAGAAUGUACAUUAAACUCUGACUGCCCAGAAGACAAAUCCUGUUUAAAUAGACAUUGCGUCAACCCCUGCAAGAUUGGUGCCAUUUGUGGUGUUAAUGCUGUAUGCCAGGUUCAAUACCAUACUGCUACUUGUCUGUGUCCUGAAGGGUUCACUGGAGAUGCUUUUAUUCAAUGUAUACCAAAACCAAUUGUUGUUUACCCGGUAUCAAACGUAUCAAGACCAUGCUACCCCUCACCCUGUGAACAACACUACGCUUGCGAUAACUACGGAGGUCACGUUGCUAUCUGUGAUCCGUGUUUGGGACCUAACGCAAUUUACCACCCGCAAUGUAGACCUGAAUGUCUGACCAACGCUGAUUGUCCCUUCAACCGUGCUUGCCUUGGAGAAGUUUGUGCUGAUCCCUGUAUUGGAUCUUGUGGUGUGGGAGCCACUUGUAUGGUUGUUGCACAUACACCAGUUUGCAGUUGCCCAUACGGUCUCCACGGAAAUCCAUUUGAACAUUGCUCCGUUCCACCUCCAGAUGAUCAUGGUACCUCAUGUGAAAACAUUCAAUGUGGUUCAAAUGCCGAUUGCAAACAACACUACAAUGACUUAACCUGUGUUUGUAAACCUGGUUUCUUCGGUAAUCCAUGGUUUGCUUGCCGACCAGAAUGUGUCAUCAACUCUGAUUGCGGAAUGACCAAAGCCUGUAUCAACAAUAAGUGCGUGGAUCCAUGCGCGGGCGCCUGUGGACUCAACUCUCAAUGUGAAUGCAUCAACCACAUCCCAAUUUGUUUCUGCCCUGUGGAACACACUGGAGAUCCAUUUGUUUCUUGCUAUCCGUUCAAGCAACCACCACCACCAAUUGAGAAUCUACCACUACCAAUUAAUCCUUGUGAUCCGUCACCUUGUGGACCUUUCAGUAGAUGUUUAGUAUCACCACAAGGGUUCUCCGUUUGUUCUUGCCUACCAUCUUAUAGAGGAACACCACCAGCUUGUAAACCAGAAUGUGUGGUUAGUUCAGAAUGUCCUCAGAACAAGGCGUGUAUGAAUCAAAAGUGUGUGGAUCCAUGCCCAGGAACAUGUGGGUUAAACGCAAGAUGCGCUGUUAUAAACCACAACCCAAUUUGUACCUGCCCAGCUGGACAAGAUGGUGAUCCAUUUGUCAGGUGCUAUGAACCUGUUGUAAUUGAAGAACCUAAAACACCAGGCAAUCCAUGCGUACCAUCACCAUGUGGACCUAAUUCUAUCUGCCAAGUUAAAGAACGCAGACCUGUUUGUUCCUGCGUAGCUAACUACAUUGGAAACCCCCCACACUGCCGACCAGAAUGCACCAUCAGUUCAGAAUGUCCUCAAACCAAGGCUUGCAUCAGAGAAAAAUGUGUUGACCCAUGCAUUGGAAAAUGUGGUCACAACGCAAAAUGUUUCGUCAUUAAUCACACUCCAGGUUGUACAUGCGAUGCAGGAUAUGAAGGUGAUGCAUUCAUUGGUUGUUCAGCAAUAAUUAUCCAGGAACCAAUAGAUCCCUGCAAUCCUUCACCAUGUGGGGAUAAUUCACAAUGUUCGAUUCAUAAUGGCGCCGCUCGUUGCACAUGUAUCCCACCAUACAUUGGCAACCCUUACGCCGGUGGUUGCAGACCGGAAUGUACGAUAAAUUCUGAUUGUCCUAGUCAUUUAGCUUGUCUUGCUCAACAUUGUAGAGAUCCUUGUCAGGGAUUAUGCGGUAUUAAUGCAGAGUGUAGUAUCGUAAAUCAUGUUCCGGUCUGUUCAUGUGCACGAGGACUCAUUGGUGAUCCAUUUACAUCCUGUCGACGAGAUAUAGAGAGACCACCUACAAACCCAUGUGAACCAAGUCCAUGUGGACCCAACAGUCUAUGCAGAAUCAAUAAAGGUCAUGCUGUAUGUUCCUGUCGUCCAAAUUACAACGGAGCACCACCAAAUUGUAGACCUGAAUGUCUUGUUAGUUCAGAGUGUAAUCUGAAUCAAGCUUGCAUCAAUCAAAAAUGCAAAGACCCAUGCCCAGGAACCUGUGGAAUCAGUGCGCGUUGUCAAGUAAUCAACCACAACCCAAUCUGUAGUUGCCCUGCACAUUAUGUUGGAGAUCCAUUUGUUCAAUGUGUUAAAGAAGUGAAAGUUCCGGAACCACCUGUAAGCCCAUGCGUUCCAUCCCCAUGUGGACCGAAUGCAGAGUGUCGUGUAAUUGACGCCCGACCAGUGUGUUCGUGUUUGUUAGGUAUGUUUGGAGCACCUCCAAACUGCCGACCGGAAUGUGCUAUCAACCAAGACUGCCCAUCUCACCUCGCGUGUAUCAAUCAAAAGUGUAAAGACCCUUGUGCGGGUUCGUGCGGUUUUAAUGCUCAGUGUAGUGUGCAAAAUCAUCGCCCUUUGUGUGCCUGUCUACCAGAAUAUGAAGGAGACCCAUUCGUUGGCUGCAAUUUACUACCAGUGCAAUUAGAUACGCCCAUCGACCCCUGCAAUCCGUCACCAUGCGGGGCAAACACUAUCUGCAAAGAACAAAAUGGUGCUGGUUCAUGCAAAUGCUUACAAGAUUAUUUCGGGGAUCCGUAUGUUGGAUGUAGGCCAGAGUGCUUAAUGAACAGCGAUUGCCCCUCGAAUAGAGCAUGUUUAGCCAAAAAGUGUAGAGACCCAUGUCCCGGAAGUUGUGGCAUUAACGCCCAAUGUCAUGUUAUCAAUCACAACCCUGUGUGUACAUGUGUUUCCGGUUUUGUCGGAGAUGCAUUGACCCACUGCCGUGUUGAAGUUGACCUAGGUAUUAUCCCAACCCAUUUUGACCAGAAUCUAUUUACUAAAGAUAAUUUCACAGUUGUCAUAGAAAAACCUCGCAGACACCCUUGUUUACCUUCACCAUGUGGACCUUACAGUAUCUGUCGGGUUGACCAUGAUAGACCAGUUUGCUCAUGUGAUGCUGGUUAUCUUGGGGCACCACCAAAUUGCAAACCCGAAUGUAUAGUCAAUUCAGAAUGUGCGUUAAACCGCGCAUGCAGAGCACAAAAAUGUGUUGAUCCCUGUAUAGGAACAUGUGGAUACAAUGCUCUGUGUAAAGUAGUUGCACACAACCCAAUUUGCAGUUGUCCACCGGGUCACAUCGGUGAUCCAUUCAACAAAUGCGUGUUAGAUAUCAAACCAGUGGUGGUGGAACAUGUUGACCCUUGCUCGCCAUCACCAUGCGGGUCUUACGCUGAAUGUCGCGUUGUUGACGAACGCCCAGUAUGCUCAUGUUUGCCCACUUAUUACGGACGCCCACCACAUUGCAGACCCCAAUGUCUCAUUAAUUCCGAUUGUCCCGCAAUGAAAGCUUGCGUAAAUGAACGCUGCAUUGACCCAUGCCCGGGCGCAUGUGGUUCUAAUACGGAAUGUAAAUGUAUCAAUCAUGUCCCAAUAUGCUAUUGCAUUCCGGGUUACAUAGGUGAUCCGUUUUCCGGAUGUCAUUUGAUUAUACAACCCGUGGAAGAACCACGUCACCCGUGCAACCCUUCACCAUGUGGUGCAAAUGCGGCGUGUAAUGAACGCAAUGGUGCUGGAUCUUGUGUAUGUCUACCCGAUUAUUUCGGUGACCCAUAUUCGGCUUGUAGACCUGAAUGUGUGAUGAAUUCCGAUUGUUCCUUUGACCGUACCUGUAUUAAUAACAAAUGCAAAGACCCUUGUAUUGGCACUUGUGGCCUUAAUGCCGAAUGUCGGGUAGCUCAUCACAACCCAGUCUGCACUUGUUUGCCAGGAUACACAGGCAACCCUUCGACUUCUUGUCAACUGAUACCACCACCUCCACUAAUUGUGCAUGAACCUACAGACCCAUGUCUACCAUCUCCAUGUGGACCAUAUAGUGUCUGUAGAAAUAUAAAUGGUCACGCAGUGUGCUCUUGUCAGAGAAACUACAUUGGUACACCUCCUGGUUGUCGUCCAGAAUGUACCAUAAGCGCGGAUUGUAAUCAGGACAGAGCUUGUAUUAAAAACAAAUGUCAGGACCCUUGUCCCGGUACGUGUGGCUUGAAUGCCCGCUGCCAAGUUGUAAAUCACAACGCAAUCUGUAGUUGUGCACCUGGUUUCACUGGAGAUCCGUUUAUUAGAUGUUUGCAGGAGCAAAAAACACCUGUUGUAAUACCAGCUGGCAACCCAUGUGUGCCCUCACCAUGUGGGCCUAAUUCCCAAUGCAGGGUCAUAAAUGAUCAGGGUGUUUGCUCGUGUUUAGAAAACUUUAUUGGCAGACCUCCAAAUUGUAGACCUGAAUGUACCAUUAACGCGGAAUGCCCUGGUAACUUAGCCUGUUUACAUGAAAAAUGUAGAGACCCAUGCCCUGGAUCAUGCGGAGUUAACACUAAUUGUGUUGUUGUCCGCCAUGCCCCACUAUGUACCUGUCAUAGUGGUUAUACUGGUGACCCAUUUGUGGGAUGUUCACCAAUCCCAAUUCAACCUGUUGAAGAAGUCAGAAACCCAUGCAACCCAUCUCCAUGUGGAGCAAAUGCAGUUUGCAAAGAACGCAAUGGUGCAGGUUCCUGUACUUGUUUACCAGAAUAUUUCGGUGAUCCAUACACUGCUUGCCAACCUGAAUGCGUUAUCAAUGCUGAUUGCCCUCACAACAAAGCCUGUGUUAACAUGAAAUGUACAGAUCCGUGCCCUGGCACAUGUGGUAUUAAUGCUGAAUGCAGGGUUAACAACCACGCUCCAAAUUGUUUCUGUUUUGCUGGAUACAGUGGUAAUCCCGCUGUGGCUUGCCAUUUACCACCACCUGUUAUUCACGAGGAACCAAAAUCAGACCCGUGCGUGCCUUCCCCAUGUGGACCAUACAGUACUUGCAGGGUUUUGAAUGGUCAUGCAGUUUGUUCCUGUCAACCUAACUAUAUUGGUAGCCCACCAAUGUGUAGACCUGAAUGCAUGAUCAGUGCGGAUUGCUCCUUGCAAAAGGCAUGCGUCAAUACAAAAUGUGUUGAUCCAUGUCCCGGUACAUGUGGGUUAAACGCACGUUGUCAUGUUGUAAACCACAAUCCGAUCUGUAGUUGCCCGGCUGAUUUUGUAGGUGAUCCGUUUGUUCGUUGUCUUCAACAAGAAAAACGCCCUGUAAUUGAACCAACUAGAAACCCUUGUCUGCCAUCGCCCUGUGGACCAAAUUCUAUUUGCCGAGCAAUUGGUAAUACUCCAGCUUGUUCAUGUAAAACUGGUUAUGUAGGUCGUCCUCCAAGCUGUAGACCUGAAUGUACAAUCAGUGUUGAAUGCCCAAGUAACUUGGCUUGCAUUAAUGAAAAAUGUCAGGAUCCAUGCCCAGGUUCUUGUGGUUCUAAUGCCGAAUGCCAGGUUAUUAACCAUCGAUCUGUUUGUAUGUGUAUUAUUGGAUAUACUGGAGAUCCAUUUGCUGGUUGCAGUAUCAUACCAGUGGUACAACCUGUUGAAAUACCAAGUGACCCUUGUAAUCCAAGCCCAUGUGGAGCAAAUGCAAUUUGCAAAGAAAGAAAUGGUGUUGGUUCUUGUAUUUGCAUUGAUCAGUAUUCUGGAGAUCCGUACACAAGUUGUAGACCGGAAUGUGUAACCAAUUCAGAUUGUGCAAGACACCUGGCUUGUCUGAACAACAAAUGCAGAGACCCUUGUCCUGGAAUUUGCGGUCUUAAUGCCGAAUGUCAUGUGUCAAACCAUGCCCCUGUUUGUAAUUGUCUACCUGGAUAUAUUGGUAACCCUCUAUCGUCAUGUCAUUUACCUCCACCUGUUAUUCAUGAUGAACCUAAAUCAGACCCAUGUGUACCAUCACAAUGUGGUCCCUACAGUCAAUGCAGAGUAGUAGAUGGUCAUGCCGUCUGCUCCUGUUUAUCAAAUUACAUUGGUACACCACCAUCAUGUAGACCCGAAUGUGUGGUCAGCACAGAAUGCUCUCAAAACAAAGCUUGUCUCAACAACAAAUGUCAAGACCCAUGCCCAGGUACCUGUGGUCUAAAUGCUCGUUGCCAAGUUAUAAACCACAACCCAAUCUGCAGUUGUCCUGCUGGGUACAUAGGUGACCCAUUCGUUCGUUGCAAUCAAGAAGAAAAACGACCUGUUGUUGUGCCAAGUGGCAACCCUUGUAUACCUUCACCGUGUGGACCCAACUCUCAAUGUAGGGUUGUAGGUGAACACGCGGCAUGCUCUUGUCUUCCCAACUAUAUUGGUAGAUCACCAAACUGUCGACCCGAAUGUACAAUAAACGCUGAAUGUGCUGGAAACCUUGCAUGCCAGAAUGAGAAAUGCGUGGAUCCAUGUCCGGGUUCUUGCGGUGCUUUCACUUCAUGUAGAGUAAUAAAACAUGCGCCUGUUUGCAUGUGCGAAGAUGGGUAUACGGGCGACCCGUUCUCGGGUUGCAGGCCUAUUCCACUUACUCCGUUACCGGUUGAAACUCCACGUGAUCCUUGCAAUCCAACACCUUGCGGUGCUAACGCCCAAUGCAGGGAACACAACGGUGCGGGUUCCUGUGUAUGUUUACCAGAAUAUUUCGGUGAUCCAUACACAGGUUGCCGACCGGAAUGUGUGACAAACUCAGAUUGUGAUCGCAGUAAAGCAUGUGUAAAUCAAAAAUGCAAGGAUCCGUGCCCUGGCACUUGCGGGAUUAACGCAGAAUGCCAUGUGUUCAACCAUGCUCCAAGCUGUAGCUGUAUUCAGGGAUACACUGGAAACCCAUCUACUUCUUGUUCUCUUAUUGUAGUUUUGGCCGAGGAACCUAGAAACCCAUGUGUGCCUUCUCCAUGUGGACCUUAUUCUAUAUGCAGGGAAGUAAACGGUCAUGCCGUUUGCUCUUGCAACGCGGGUUAUAUUGGUGCACCACCUAUGUGCAAACCUGAAUGUGUUGUCAGCUCAGAAUGCCCACAAAACAAAGCAUGUUCUAAUCAAAAAUGUGUUGACCCUUGCCCCGGGACUUGUGGCCACAAUGCUAAAUGUCAAGUUAUAAACCACAACCCGAUUUGUAGUUGCCCCAUUGGUUACAGUGGUGACGCAUUCGUCAGUUGCUCUUUGAUUGAAUUACCACCGCCAAAAGCCGUUGUGAACCCAUGCGACCCUUCACCGUGCGGUCCCAACUCGCAAUGCCGAGUUAUUGGGGACCAAGCGGCUUGUUCUUGCCUACCUAAUUAUAUUGGUCGUGCGCCAAAUUGUCGACCUGAAUGUACUAGUGAUUCUGAAUGCGCCAACAAUCUUGCAUGUCGAAAUGAGAAAUGUAAAAAUCCUUGCUCUGGGUACUGCGGUCAAAAUGCUAUCUGUACUGUUGUGAACCAUAAGUCUGUCUGUUCUUGUCUUCCUGGUUUUGUUGGAAAUGCUCUGGUUGCAUGUCAAUUACCUCCGCCACCACCAUCAUCUGAAAGGACUCCGCCAGCUACACCAUGUUCUCCAUCACCUUGUGGACCAAACGCUGAAUGCCGUGAACAAAAUGGCGCUGGUGCUUGCAUCUGUCCACCAAAUUAUCUGGGUGAUCCUUAUGAUAAGACCAGAGGAUGUCACAGAGAAUGUGAGACUAGUAACGAUUGCAGUCCACAGUUGGCUUGCGUUGCAUUCAAAUGCGUUGACCCAUGUCCUGGAACCUGUGGCAUUUUAGCCGAGUGCCAUGUUAACUCACACGUUCCGACUUGCGUAUGCCUGCCUGGUUUUACCGGUGAUCCAUUCUUCCAAUGUAGAGAAAUUCCUGUGGAGGUUGUGACCCGCAGGCCUGAAGACCCAUGCAACCCAUCACCGUGUGGCCUUAAUAGUCAAUGUCGCAAUGUUGAUGGUCAUAGCGUAUGCUCAUGUUUACCUAAUUUCAUUGGUGCACCGCCAAACUGUAAACCCGAAUGCGUUGUAAGCUCAGAAUGUCCACUGGACAAAGCUUGUCUGCAACAGAAAUGCAGUGACCCAUGCCCGAAUACUUGCGGAAUUGGAGCUCAAUGUUACGCGAAAAAUCAUAACCCAAUUUGUGCUUGCCCACCUGGUUAUACUGGAGAUCCAUUUACAAGAUGUUCACCACAACCGGUUGAAGCUGAACCACCAGCAACAGAACGCCCACCAUCAUGCCAACCGUCACCAUGCGGACCUAACUCUAAAUGCCAAAUCCGUAAUGGCGUUCCGUCUUGUUCCUGUUUGCCUAGCUAUGUAGGAGCCCCUCCAAACUGUAGACCUGAAUGUGUUAUCAAUUCAGAGUGUAGCAGCCAAUUGGCUUGUAUCAACUUGAAAUGUAGAGACCCUUGCCCUGGUUCAUGUGGUGCAAGUGCCAAAUGCCAUGUUCUCAAUCAUGUUCCAAUUUGUACUUGUGAGGAAGGAUAUACAGGGGAUCCAUUUACUCAAUGUAGACCAAAACCACCUGCCCCAACACCAAGGCCAGAAGACCCUUGCGACCCAUCUCCGUGUGGGCCAAAUGCCCAAUGCAACAAUGGUGUUUGUACCUGUUUACCAGAAUAUUUAGGCAAUCCAUACGAGGCUUGCAGACCAGAAUGUGUUCUGAACAAUGAAUGUAGCCGAGAUAAGGCAUGCCUUAGAAACAAAUGUAAAGAUCCUUGCCCUGGAACCUGCGGUCAGAACGCACGUUGUGAUGUAAUCAACCACAUUCCAACUUGUUCCUGCCAAGAUGGUUACACAGGCGAUCCAUUCACUCACUGCCGCGUACAAGAACCACCAGCGCCUGAACCAAAACGUGACCCAUGCCAUCCAUCACCAUGUGGACCAAACAGUCAAUGCCGAAACGUAAAUGAUCAUGCCGUUUGCUCUUGUGUGCAAGGCUUCUUCGGAACACCACCAAAUUGCAAACCAGAAUGUAUUGUUAGCUCGGAAUGUCCACUGACAAAAGCAUGCGUGAAUCAAAAGUGCACAGACCCAUGCCUAGGAUCUUGUGGAAUUGGAGCACGUUGCGAAGUUAUCAAUCACAGCCCAAUUUGUAGUUGUCCAGAAAGACAAACUGGAGAUCCAUUCCAAAGCUGUAGAGAAUUGCCCAGAGCACCUGAACCUGAUGAUGAUUACCGGGAUCCAUGCCUGCCAUCUCCAUGUGGACCAAAUUCAGUUUGUAGAAAUGUUGGUGAAAGUCCAUCCUGUUCCUGUGUAGCAGGAUAUGUUGGCAAUCCACCAAACUGUAGACCAGAAUGUGUUAUCAACCCAGACUGUCCAAGUAAUCAAGCUUGUAUCAAUAACAAAUGUAUUGACCCAUGCCCAGGUAGUUGUGGUCAGAACGCCGAGUGCCGAGUAAUCAGUCACACCGUGUCUUGCUACUGCUCUCCCGGAUUUACUGGUAAUCCAUUUGUGCAAUGUAUUGUGCAAAAGGAAGACAUACCAAAACCAUGUGAACCAUCUCCAUGUGGUGCCAACGCAGUCUGCAAAGAACGAAAUGGCGCUGGAUCUUGUAUCUGUUUGCCAGACUACCAAGGAAAUCCAUAUGAAGGAUGUAGACCUGAAUGUGUUCUCAGUUCAGAUUGUCCCACAAAUAGGGCUUGUAUCCGAAACAAAUGCCAAGACCCAUGCCCGGGAGUAUGUGGUACAAAUGCAGAAUGCAGUGUUAUCAACCACGUGCCAACGUGUACUUGCGUAUUUGGAUAUAUUGGAAAUCCAUUCACUAGUUGUACUCCAGAACCUCAACCACCAGUUGAUGAUGUACCAGUGGUUGAUCCAUGCAAUCCAAGCCCAUGUGGACCUAACAGUCAAUGUAGAAAUAUCAACGACCAUGCUGUGUGUUCCUGCCAACCUGAAUAUUUUGGAACACCACCAAAUUGCAAACCCGAAUGCGUUGUCAGUUCGGAAUGCCCUCAGGACAAAGCGUGCCAUAAAUUCAAAUGUGCCAAUCCAUGCCGAGGAACUUGCGGAGUGGGUGCAAGAUGUGAAGUCAUCAACCACAAUCCAAUCUGUAGUUGCCCGCAUGGUCUCACUGGAGAUCCAUUUACGCGUUGCUAUGAACCUCCACCACCUCCGCGUACACCUGAACCUGAACCACCUCGGGAUCCUUGUUUACCAUCGCCAUGUGGAGCAAAUUCAAUAUGUAGAGCAAACGGUGAUCAAGCAUCAUGUUCCUGCCUCGCAAAUUAUGUUGGAUCACCUCCAAACUGCCGACCUGAAUGCGUUGUCAACACAGACUGCCCUUCAAACCUCGCUUGUAUUACUGAAAAGUGUAGAGAUCCAUGCCCAGGCUCAUGUGGCUUCAAUGCCGACUGUAGGAUACAGAACCACAUUCCUAACUGUAUCUGUAUUCAAGAUUAUAUUGGUGAUCCUUUCGUUCAGUGCAAUCCAAGACCACCGGCACCAAUAGUUCAUGACGACCCAUGCAAUCCAUCACCAUGUGGAAACAACGCACAAUGCAACAAUGGCCUCUGCACUUGCCUACCAGAAUACCAUGGAGAUCCUUACCGAGGUUGCAGACCAGAAUGUACAAUGAACGCAGACUGCUCACCAAAUAAGUCAUGCAGUAACAACAAAUGUAUUGACCCAUGCCCAGGCACUUGCGGUCAAGGCGCCCGUUGUGAUGUAGUAAACCAUAUUCCUACAUGCAGUUGCCCAGCAGGUUUUGAAGGUGAUCCAUUCACUUCCUGUCGCCCGAUUGUAAUUGUUGAACAUAAACAACCAUGCAACCCAUCACCCUGCGGCCCUAACAGCAUUUGCAACGUAAUCAACUCAGUGGCGGUCUGUGCCUGUCAAACCGGAUACAUUGGUAGUCCACCAGCUUGUAGACCAGAAUGCGUAGUCAGUGCGGAAUGCACCCUGACUCAAGCAUGCCUCAACAACAAAUGCAUAGACCCAUGUCCGGGAACUUGUGGAAUAAGCGCGAAAUGCCAAGUGAUCAAUCACAACCCAAUUUGUAGUUGUACCAGCGGUAAUACAGGAGAUCCAUUCUCCAGAUGCUACCCAAUCAUAGUGCAAGACACACCAAAAGUACCAGAAAACCCGUGUGUGCCAUCUCCGUGCGGUGCUAAUUCGGUUUGUCAAGUCCGAGGGGAAAGUCCCGCUUGCUCGUGUCUCCCGAACUUUAUUGGUGCGCCGCCAAAUUGCCGCCCGGAGUGUACCAUCAAUCCGGAAUGCUCGAGCUCGUUAGCUUGCAUUCGUCAAAAGUGCAGUGAUCCGUGUCCGGGUUCGUGUGGUUCUAAUGCAGUGUGUAAAGUGAUCAACCAUAACCCAGUGUGUACGUGCAUUCCUGGUUACAAUGGAGAUCCAUUCACCGGUUGCAGUAUUAUACCUGUCCAAAGUACGCCAAUAGAAUUUUUAGACCCGUGCCAGCCUAGUCCGUGCGGCAUCAACGCAAUUUGCAAAGUGCGCAAUAACGCUGGUUCAUGCAGUUGCAUUCCUGAUCAUAUUGGUAACCCUUACGAAGGAUGCAGACCUGAAUGCAUUCAUAAUAGCGACUGCCCGUCACACCAAGCUUGCAUGAACAAUAAAUGCAAAGACCCAUGUCCGGGUGUUUGUGGUCAACAUGCAAACUGCCGAGUUGUCAAUCAUUUGCCCACAUGUAACUGCGAUCCAGGUUACACAGGAAAUCCGUUUAGUUAUUGCACCUUACCACCAGCAGAUGAACCUGUGAGACAACCCGUCAACCCUUGUCAACCAUCACCUUGUGGGCCUAACAGCCAAUGUCGUGACAUUAAUGAACAAGCGGUUUGUUCUUGUUUGCCCACAUUUAUAGGUAGCCCACCAAGUUGUAGACCCGAAUGCGUUACUAGUUCAGAAUGUAUUCUGACCCAAGCUUGCAAGAAUCAAAAAUGUGUUGAUCCAUGCCCAGGCACAUGCGGUAUAAACGCGCAGUGUCAAGUGAUUAAUCACAGCCCUAUUUGCACUUGUAAAGCUAGUCAUACGGGAGAUCCAUUUACUAGAUGCUACCCCAUACCACCUCCACAACCACCAAAGCAGGACCCUGUUUAUGUAAACCCUUGUUUGCCGUCACCUUGUGGACCAUUCUCUGAAUGCAGAGAUAGAGGUGGUUCACCAUCAUGUUCUUGUUUACCUAAUUAUAUUGGUAGCCCGCCAAAUUGCAGACCUGAAUGUACAAUUAAUUCAGAAUGUUCAAGUAAUCUUGCUUGCAUUCGUGAAAAGUGCAUAGAUCCAUGCCCGGGUUCUUGUGGAACUAAUGCCCAAUGCAGGGUUAUUAAUCACACGCCAAUUUGUACCUGUUUUGAGGGAUACACUGGCGAUCCAUUUUUAGCUUGUCGGUUAAAACCACCACCUCCACCUGAACCGGUACAGUCAGACCCUUGCAAUCCAUCACCAUGUGGGCCUAAUGCUCAAUGCAGGGAUGGUGUUUGUACCUGUUCACCAGAAUAUCAAGGAGAUCCUUAUAGAGGAUGUAGACCUGAAUGUGUCCUGAAUAGUGAUUGUAACAGAAACCAAGCUUGUAUUAGAAACAAGUGUAAAGACCCAUGUCCUGGUACUUGUGGACAGAAUGCUGAAUGUAAUGUGGUUAACCACAUCCCGAUGUGUUCUUGUCUGCCAGGUUUCACUGGAAAUGCUUUUAUUCUAUGCAAUAGGGUUCCACCACCAGUUAAGUCAAAUCCAUGUAAUCCAAGCCCUUGUGGGCCAAACAGUCAAUGCCGUGAAAUUAACGGACAAGCCGUUUGUUCCUGUGUACCUGGUUAUAUUGGCGCACCACCAACUUGUCGACCUGAAUGUAUUACCAGCUCAGAAUGCCCUCUAAACCAAGCAUGUGUUACAAAAUGUAUUGACCCAUGUCCUGGAACAUGUGGGUAGGCUAUCUGUCAAGUUGUCAACCACAAUCCAAUUUGUAGUUGUCCAUCGGGAUUAUCUGGUGAUCCAUUUAUUCGUUGUCUUCAAAUUCGUAAGACAUUUUUAUUUUCAGUAAAAAAUUCAGGUCUAACUCAAAAUAUUUUAGAACAAGCUCCUGUAGAAAUUGUAAAUCCAUGCAAUCCAUCACCAUGUGGACCAAAUGCACAAUGUCGCGAGAUAAACAAUCAGGCUUCUUGUUCAUGCCUUCCAAAUUACACAGGAGUCCCACCAAAUUGCAGACCCGAAUGUGUCAGUAACUCAGAAUGUGCUAGUCACUUGGCUUGUAUAAAUCAAAAGUGUAAAGACCCAUGUCCAGGAGUAUGUGGUCAAAAUGCUGAAUGUAGAACACUGAGCCACACUCCAAACUGUGUUUGCAUACCAGGAUAUAUUGGUGAUCCGUUUAUCAGAUGCAAUUCUCCACCUCCCCCUGUUGUUACGGAGACUGUUAACCCUUGCCAUCCAUCACCCUGUGGUGUGAAUGCAAUUUGCAGAGAACAGAACCGCGCUGGUGCAUGUACCUGUAUUAGUGAUUACAUUGGUAAUCCAUAUGAAGGUUGUAGACCUGAAUGUACUUUGAACACUGAUUGCCCCUCCAACAAAGCAUGCAUCAACAACAAAUGCAAAGACCCAUGUCCUGGAACAUGCGGUCAGAAUGCGGAAUGUCAAGUUAUCAAUCAUUUACCGUCUUGUACUUGUAUUCCUGGUUAUACUGGGGAUCCAUUCAGAUAUUGCAACCUACCUCCACCAGAACCGGUUUUGCAAGAACCUACCAACCCUUGUCAGCCUUCACCAUGUGGGCCUAAUAGUCAAUGCCGUGAAGUGAAUGGUCAAGCAGUUUGUUCAUGCUUACCGGAAUAUAUCGGUAGUCCACCUGGUUGUCGCCCUGAAUGUACAGUCAGCUCUGAAUGUGCCCAAAACAAAGCUUGUCUUAAUCAGAAAUGUGUUGACCCAUGCCCAGGCACUUGCGGCUUAAACGCACAAUGCCAUGUUUUGAAUCAUAGCCCAAUCUGUGCUUGCCAAUCAGAAUAUACUGGUGAUCCGUUCACCAGAUGCUUCCCAAUACCACCACCCUCUCCAGUACCCGUACAACACACGCCUGUUAACCCAUGCGUGCCAUCACCUUGUGGGCCUAACUCUCAAUGCAGAGACAUUGGUGGUUCUCCAUCGUGCUCCUGCCUAACUAAUUAUAUAGGAAGCCCACCUAAUUGCAGACCAGAAUGUACCAUCAAUUCAGAAUGUUCUAGUAACCUUGCUUGUAUUCGAGAAAAAUGUAUUGACCCAUGCCCAGGUUCAUGUGGAACUGGUGCAGUAUGCAAUGUUAUCAAUCAUACACCAAUUUGUACUUGCCCAGAUGGUUACACUGGAGAUCCAUUUACAAAUUGCUAUCCAAAACCACCACCACCACCGGAACCAGUUGCUACUGAUCCAUGCAAUCCAUCACCAUGUGGAUCUAAUGCACAAUGCCGUGAUGGUAUUUGCACUUGUUUACCAGAAUAUCAAGGUGACCCUUAUCGAGGUUGUAGACCAGAAUGUGUCCUAAACUCCGAUUGCGACAGAAGCAAAGCUUGUAUUAGAAAUAAAUGCAAAGAUCCAUGCCCUGGCACCUGUGGCCAGAACGCUGAAUGCAACGUAGUCAAUCACAUUCCAAUGUGUUCUUGCAUUCCUGGAUACACCGGAAAUGCCUUUGUUGUGUGUAAUCGUAUUCCACCGGCAAUUAAAACAAACCCUUGCAACCCAAGUCCAUGUGGACCAAACAGUCAAUAGGAAAUAAACGACCAAGCUGUAUGCUCCUGCGUACCAGGAUAUAUUGGUAGCCCACCAACUUGUCGACCUGAAUGCGUAAUCAGUUCAGAAUGUCCUUUGAAUCAAGCAUGCGUAAAUCAAAAAUGCAUUGACCCUUGUCCGGGAACCUGUGGAAUAGGAGCAAUUUGCCAAGUGGUUAACCACAACCCGAUAUGUAGUUGCCCAGCUAAAACUGGUGAUCCGUUUAUACGUUGCUACCCAAUUCCGGUAGAACCUGUUCUUCAGGAACCAGUAGACCCAUGUAAUCCAUCACCUUGUGGUCAUAAUAGUAUUUGUAGAGCAGUUGGUGAUUCACCGUCUUGUUCUUGUUUGCCUGAAUUUAUUGGCUCACCACCAAACUGCCGCCCUGAAUGUACUAGUAACUCAGAAUGUUCAAACCAUCUGGCGUGCAUGAAUCAAAAAUGUAAGGAUCCUUGCCCGGGGACAUGCGGAACUAAUGCCGAAUGUCGUGUGGUUAGUCAUACACCAAACUGCAUUUGUCUUCCUGGUUAUAUUGGUGAUCCCUUCAGACAAUGCCAAUUUGACCAACCAAAACCAGUUGAGCACAGAACACCAUGUGUUCCAUCACCAUGUGGCGCUAAUGCUAUAUGCAAAGAACAAAAUGGCGCUGGAUCUUGCACAUGUUUGCCUGAUUAUCUUGGUAAUCCCUAUGAGGGUUGUAGACCUGAAUGUACUUUAAAUUCAGAUUGCCCAUCAAAUAAGGCAUGCAUUGCUAAUAAAUGCAAAGACCCAUGUCCUGGUACAUGCGGACAAAACGCUGAAUGCUAUGUCAAAAAUCAUUUACCAUCUUGCACAUGCCUACCAGGAUAUACUGGAGAUCCAUUCUCUUAUUGUACUUUACCUCCACCAGAACCUGUCCAACAAGAACCAAUAAACCCUUGUCAACCUUCACCAUGUGGGCCUAACAGCCAAUGUCGUGAAGUAAACAAUCAAGCGGUUUGUUCUUGUUUGCCUGAAUUCAUCGGUAGCCCACCAAACUGUAGACCAGAAUGUACAGUUAGUUCUGAAUGUGCCUUAAGUAAAGCAUGCGUAAAUCGGAAAUGUAUUGAUCCAUGCCCAGGCACUUGUGGUAUUAACGCACAUUGCCAAGUUAUCAACCACAGCCCAAUCUGCUCUUGUCAGAGUGGUUUCACGGGAGAUCCAUUCACACGUUGUUACAAUAUACCACCUCCCCAACAUAUACCACCAACACCAGUGGUAGUAAACCCUUGUGUGCCAUCACCAUGUGGCCCUAACUCUCAAUGCAGAGAUAUAGGAGGUUCACCUUCUUGCUCCUGUCUUGCUACUUUUGUAGGAAGUCCACCAAAUUGUCGACCUGAAUGUACAAUCAAUUCAGAAUGCUCUAGUAAUCUUGCAUGUAUCAAUCAAAAAUGUCGUGACCCAUGCCCUGGAUCAUGCGGAUCUAAUGCCGUUUGCAAUGUCCGAAACCACAUACCAAUCUGUACAUGCAUUGAAGGAUAUAUAGGAGAUCCAUUUACAAGUUGCCGUCCAGCACCACCACCACAACAGGAACCUGUUAUUACAGACCCUUGCAAUCCGUCUCCAUGCGGGGCUAAUGCUCAAUGCAGGGAUGGUAUUUGUACUUGUUUACCAGAAUAUCAAGGUGAUCCAUAUAGGGGAUGCAGACCUGAAUGUGUCCUCAAUUCGGACUGUAACAGAAACCUGGCUUGUAUCCGCAACAAAUGCAAAGACCCUUGUCCUGGUACCUGCGGUACCAAUGCUGAAUGCUCAGUAAUCAAUCACAUUCCGAUGUGUACUUGCUUCCCAGGCUACAGUGGAAACGCGUUUAUUCUGUGUUCACCAAUACCACGUAAGAUUUUUAUUCUUGAGACAAGGUUAGGAAAUAAUUUGCCAUUUCUUAUAGCUCCGGUUAAAACAAACCCUUGUAAUCCGUCCCCAUGUGGGCCAAACAGUCAAUGUCGUGAAAUUAACGACCAAGCUGUAUGCUCUUGCGUUCCUGGUUACAUUGGUGCACCUCCAACAUGUAGACCUGAAUGCGUAACAAGUCAAGAAUGUCCUCUGAAUGAAGCUUGCGUUAAUCAGAAAUGUAUCAACCCUUGCCCUGGAACAUGCGGUCUAAAUGCCAACUGUCAAGUUAUCAAUCAUAAUCCAAUUUGUUCAUGCUCUCCUGGGUACACUGGUGACCCGUUCACAAGAUGCAUCGUAAAACAAGAAGAACCUGUUGUUAGUCCUACAAACCCGUGUGUGCCAUCACCAUGUGGUGCAAAUGCAGAAUGUAGGAAUAUUAAUGAAUCCCCUUCGUGUUCAUGUCUGCCCACCUUUAUCGGAAGCCCACCAAAUUGUCGCCCUGAAUGUGUCAGUAAUACCGAAUGUGCCAGUCACUUGGCAUGCAUCAAUCAAAAGUGCAAAGACCCUUGCCCUGGAAUUUGCGGUCAGAAUGCGGAAUGCAAAGUUGUUAGCCACACACCAAAUUGCGUAUGUCAAACCGGAUACAUUGGCAAUCCAUUCACUGCGUGCACAUUACCGCCAAUUCAAGCGGAAGAAAUAAGAAACCCAUGCUCGCCAUCCCCCUGUGGCGCUAAUGCCAUUUGUAGAGAACAAAAUGGCGCUGGUUCAUGCCAAUGCCUGCCCGAAUACAUUGGUAACCCCUAUGAGGGUUGCAGGCCUGAAUGUAUUCUCAACUCUGAUUGCCCAUCCAAUAAAGCGUGCAUAAGCAACAAAUGCAAAGACCCAUGCCCUGGAACAUGCGGACAAAAUGCUGAUUGCCAGGUUAUCAAUCACCUGCCAUCUUGUACUUGUAGACCUGGUUUUACUGGAGAUCCAUUUAAAUAUUGUAACGUACCACCACCACAACCGGUCCAACAAGAACCUGUUAACCCUUGUAAUCCAUCACCCUGUGGACCUAAUAGUCAAUGCCGUGAGAUCAAUGGCCAAGCGGUUUGUUCUUGUUUACCAGAAUAUAUUGGUAGCCCACCAAGUUGUAGACCAGAAUGCACUGUUAGUUCAGAAUGCCCACAAAAUAAGGCCUGUGUUAACCAGAAAUGUAUUGAUCCAUGCCCUGGAACAUGUGGUUUGAAUGCCAAGUGCAAUGUAAUUAACCACAGCCCUAUUUGUUCUUGCAAUGUUGGUCAUACUGGAGAUCCAUUUACUAGAUGUUAUCCUAUACCACCACCACCUCCUGAACCAGUGCAUGACGUAUAUGUAAACCCGUGUGUACCAUCACCAUGUGGACCUUAUUCUCAAUGUAGAGAUAUUGGAGGAUCUCCAUCAUGUUCUUGUUUAGCAAAUUAUAUUGGAAGCCCACCAAAUUGUAGACCCGAAUGUUUGAUCAACCCUGAAUGUUCAAGUAACUUGGCUUGUAUUAGAGAGAAAUGUAUAGACCCAUGCCCAGGUUCAUGCGGAGCAGGUGCACGUUGCAGUGUUAUCAACCACACCCCAAUUUGCACAUGCCCAGAUGGUUAUACUGGAGAUCCGUUUACAAAUUGUUAUCCCAAGCCACCACCACCACCGGAACCUGUUGCUACUGACCCAUGUAAUCCAUCACCAUGUGGGCCUAAUGCUCAAUGCCGUGACGGUGUUUGCACUUGCCUACCAGAAUAUCAUGGUGAUCCUUACAGAGGUUGCAGACCAGAAUGCGUCUUGAACUCAGAUUGCAACAGAAACUUGGCUUGUAUCAGAAACAAAUGCAAGGACCCAUGCCCUGGCACUUGUGGCCAGAACGCAGAAUGCAAUGUAGUUAAUCACAUCCCAAUGUGUUCGUGCAUUCCAGAUCAUACAGGAAAUGCGUUCAUUUUGUGCUCUCGUAUACCAAUUCCGGUUAAGACCAACCCUUGUAACCCGUCCCCAUGUGGACCAAACAGUCAAUGUAGUGAAAUCAAUGGACAAGCAGUAUGCUCUUGUGUACCUGGUUAUAUUGGUGCACCACCAACUUGUCGACCAGAGUGUGUAACCAGCUCAGAAUGCUCUUUGAAUCAAGCUUGUGUUAACCAAAAAUGUAUUGAUCCCUGCCCGGGAACAUGCGGCUUUGGUGCGCAUUGCCAAGUUGUCAAUCACAACCCAAUUUGUAGCUGCCCCCCAAGAUAUACUGGUGAUCCGUUUAUCAGAUGUUUACAAAUACAAGAAAGCCCUGUUGUUGAACCAACAAACCCAUGCCAACCAUCACCAUGCGGGCCAAAUGCUCAGUGCAAACCAAUUGGUGAUUCACCAUCAUGUUCUUGUUUACCUGAAUUUAUCGGAACACCACCAAAUUGUAAACCUGAAUGUGUCAGUAAUUCAGAAUGUUCUAGUCAUUUGGCCUGUAUCAAUCAAAAGUGCAAAGAUCCAUGUCCUGGAACAUGUGGAGCUAAUGCAGAAUGUCGGGUUAUUAGUCAUACCCCUAACUGUAUUUGCAUUCCUGGUUAUCAAGGAGAUCCGUUUAGGCAAUGUUCACCAAUUCCAACACCAGUUAUUCAGGAAAGACCAACUCCAUGCAUUCCAUCACCAUGCGGAGCUAAUGCAAUCUGUAAGGAGCAAAAUAAUGCAGGUUCUUGUAGCUGUUUACCAGAAUACAUAGGCAAUCCCUAUGAAGGAUGUAGACCUGAAUGUGUUUUGAAUAGUGAUUGCCCAUCAAAUAAGGCCUGUAUUAGUAACAAGUGUAAAGAUCCUUGUCCUGGAACUUGUGGACAAAAUGCCAACUGCCAAGUUAUCAACCACUUGCCCUCUUGUAUUUGUAUACCUGGAUACACUGGAGAUCCAUUCAGAUAUUGCAAUUUACCUCCACCAGAACCGGUUCAACAAGACCCUAUUAAUCCGUGCCAACCUUCACCCUGCGGACCUAACAGUCAGUGUAGAGAAGUAAAUGGCCAAGCCGUCUGUUCAUGUUUGCCUGAAUAUUCAGGCAGUCCACCAAAUUGUAGACCUGAAUGUACUGUUAGCUCGGAAUGUGCGCUGAAUAGAGCUUGCGUAAAUCAAAAAUGCAAAGACCCAUGCCCUGGAACUUGUGGUCUAAAUGCUAGAUGUGAAGUAAUUAAUCACAAUCCAAUUUGCUCAUGCCAAUCUGGAUAUACUGGUGAUCCAUUUACAAGAUGUUACCCUAUACCUCCACCUCUAGCUGACCCACCAGCACCAGUUAUAGUAAACCCAUGUGUGCCAUCCCCAUGUGGACCAUAUUCUGAAUGUAGAGAUAUUGGUGGAUCUCCAUCAUGCUCUUGUUUAGCAACUUACAUUGGAAGCCCACCAAAUUGCAGACCUGAAUGUAGGAUCAACUCGGAAUGUUCUAGUAUGGCUUGCAUCCGAGAGAAAUGUAGAGAUCCAUGCCCUGGUUCAUGCGGAGCAAAUGCUCAAUGUAAUGUGAUAAACCACACUCCAAAUUGUGUAUGCCCAGAUGGUUACACUGGAGAUCCAUUUACAAAUUGUUAUCCAAAACCGCCACCACCACCGGAACCAGUUGCUACUGACCCAUGCAAUCCAUCACCAUGUGGACCUAAUGCGCAAUGUCGCGAUGGUGUUUGCACUUGUUUACCAGAAUACCAAGGAGACCCAUACCGUGGUUGCAGACCAGAAUGUGUCCUAAAUAGUGACUGCCAUCGUAAUCAAGCUUGUAUACGUAACAAAUGCAAAGACCCUUGCCCUGGAACAUGCGGUCAGAAUGCUGAAUGCGCUGUAGUAAACCAUAUUCCUAUGUGUUCGUGCAUACAAGGAUACACUGGAAAUGCUUUUGUACUCUGUACACCAGUACCACCACCAGUCAAAACAAACCCUUGCAACCCAAGUCCAUGUGGACCAAACAGUCAAUGUAGAGAAAUUAAUGGUCAAGCUGUAUGCUCAUGCGUACCAGGAUACAUUGGUAGCCCACCAACAUGUCGACCUGAAUGCGUUACUAGUUCAGAAUGUUCUUUGAACCAAGCAUGUGUUAAUCAGAAAUGUAUUGACCCAUGCCCUGGAACCUGUGGAAUUAAUGCUCUUUGCCAAGUGGUCAACCACAACCCUAUUUGCAGUUGUAUGCCUAGACAUACUGGUGACCCAUUUAUUCGGUGCCUACCAAUACAAGAAGAACCUGUUGUAGUAGUAAACCCAUGCCAACCAUCUCCGUGCGGUCCAAACGCACAAUGCAAAGUAAUCGGUGAUAGUCCGUCUUGCUCGUGCCUACCAGGAUUUAUCAAUAGUCCUCCUAACUGUAGACCAGAAUGUGUUAGUAAUAGUGAGUGCUCUAGUCAUUUAGCCUGUAUAAACCAAAAAUGCAAAGAUCCAUGCCCUGGCACGUGCGGACACAAUGCCGAAUGUCGCGUUGUCAGUCACACACCCAACUGUGUGUGCAUUGGCGGAUAUGAAGGUAAUCCAUUUAUUCAGUGCCAUAUUAAGGUGGAAGCACCAGUUAUACAUGAACCUGCAACACCCUGUGUACCAUCGCCAUGUGGGGCCAAUGCCCAAUGUAGAGAACACAAUGGAGCAGGUGCUUGCACUUGUCUUCCGGAAUACAUUGGCAAUCCCUAUGAGGGUUGCAGACCUGAAUGUACCCUGAACUCUGACUGUCCAUCAAACAAAGCUUGCAUUAACAACAAAUGCAAAGAUCCAUGCCCUGGUACAUGUGGACAAAAUGCAAACUGUCAAGUGAUCAACCACUUGCCUUCUUGUAACUGCAACCCUGGUUAUACUGGCGAUCCAUUUAGAUAUUGCAACGUUAUACCUCCAGAACCGGUUCAACAUACCCCUGUAAACCCUUGCCACCCUUCACCAUGUGGACCAAACAGUCAAUGUCGCGAAGUCAAUGAACAAGCGGUAUGCUCAUGUUUACCAGAAUUUAUAGGUAGCCCACCUUCUUGUAGACCAGAAUGUACAGUCAGUUCUGAAUGUGCUCAAGACAAAGCGUGUAUAAACCAAAAAUGUGUUGACCCAUGCCCUGGCGUAUGUGGUCUUAACGCCAAAUGUAGUGCAAUUAAUCAUAGUCCUAUUUGCUCUUGCACAUCUGGAUACACUGGAGAUCCAUUUACUAGAUGUUACCCAAUACCACCUCCAAUUCAAGACCCCCCAGCACCUGUUAUUGUAAACCCAUGUGUGCCAUCUCCCUGUGGACCUAAUUCUCAAUGUAGAGAUAUUGGUGGUUCGCCAUCUUGUUCAUGCCUUGCUAAUUAUAUUGGAAGCCCACCAAAUUGCAGACCUGAAUGUACUAUCAAUUCAGAAUGUUCGAGUAAUCUUGCAUGUAUGAGAGAAAAAUGUAGAGAUCCAUGUCCUGGAUCCUGCGGGUCUAAUGCUGAGUGUAAUGUUAUCAAUCACACACCAAUUUGUACUUGCCCACAAGGAUAUACUGGUGAUCCAUUUACAAGUUGUCGCCCUGUACCACCACCACAACAGGAACCUGUUAUUACUGACCCGUGCAAUCCGUCCCCAUGUGGGGCUAAUGCUCAAUGCAGGGAUGGUAUUUGUACCUGUUUACCAGAAUAUCAAGGUGAUCCGUACCGUGGGUGCCGACCAGAAUGCGUUCUCAACAAUGACUGCAACCGUAAUCUUGCUUGUAUUCGUAAUAAGUGCAAAGACCCUUGUCCAGGCACUUGUGGACAAAAUGCCGAAUGCAAUGUGGUCAAUCACAUCCCAAUGUGUUCUUGCAUUCCUAGAUACACAGGAAACGCAUUUGUAAUUUGUCAUAAGAUCGAAGAACCAGUCAAGGUUAAUCCGUGCCAUCCAUCUCCAUGUGGACCAAACAGUCAAUGCCGUGAAAUCAAUGGUCAAGCUGUUUGCUCCUGCGUGCAAGGAUACAUUGGUAGCCCACCAACCUGCAGACCAGAAUGUGUUACUAGUUCCGAAUGUGCUCUAAACCAAGCCUGUGUUAAUCAAAAAUGUAUUGACCCAUGCCCGGGAACAUGCGGUAUCGGAGCAACUUGUCAAGUUGUAAACCACAACCCAAUUUGUAGUUGUCCACCACGUUAUACUGGAGAUCCAUUUAUUAGAUGUUUGAUAAUCCAAGAAGAACCUGUGGUGGUAGUAGACCCCUGUCAACCAUCACCAUGUGGACCAAAUGCACAAUGCCGCGUUAUAAAUAAUUCACCAUCUUGUUCUUGUCUACCAAACUACAUUGGUAAUCCACCAAAUUGUCGCCCUGAAUGUGUGAGCAAUAGCGAAUGUGCAAACCACUUGGCUUGUAUCAACAACAAAUGCAAAGACCCAUGUCCUGGUACAUGCGGACAAAACGCAGAAUGUAGAGUUGUAAGCCACACGCCUAACUGUGUUUGCCUACAAGGAUACUUUGGAAAUCCAUUUACCAGAUGUGAUAUUGUUGAAGCCCCAAAACCACAGGAACAUAUUAAUCCUUGUUUCCCAUCGCCAUGUGGUACUAACGCAGUUUGUCAAGAACGCAACAAUGCAGGAUCCUGUACCUGUUUGCCAGAAUUCAUCGGAAACCCAUACGAGGGUUGUAGACCUGAAUGUACCCUAAACUCUGAUUGCCCAUCAAACAAAGCGUGUAUCAACAAUAAGUGUAAAGACCCAUGUCCGGGAACAUGCGGACAAAAUGCUGAUUGCCAAGUUAUAAAUCACUUGCCCUCUUGUGUUUGUCGCCCUGGUUACACUGGCGAUCCGUUCAGAUAUUGCAAUUUACCUCCACCAGAACCUGUUCAACAAGACCCUGUUAACCCUUGCCAACCUUCACCCUGUGGGCCUAACUCACAGUGUCGUGAAUUAAACAACCAAGCAGUCUGUUCAUGCUUACCGGAAUUUAUUGGCAGCCCACCAGCUUGUAGACCUGAAUGUACUGUAAGCUCAGAAUGUCCAUUGAACAAAGCUUGUCUGAAUCGUAAAUGUGUUGACCCAUGCCCUGGAACUUGCGGUUUGAAUGCAAGAUGUGAAGUGGUUAACCACAGCCCAAUCUGUUCAUGCCAAUCUGGAUAUACUGGUGAUCCAUUCACCCGUUGUUACCCGAUACCUCCUCCACCACAAGACCCACCAACUCCUGUAAUUGUAAACCCGUGCUUGCCAUCUCCUUGUGGACCUUUCUCGCAAUGCAGAGAUAUUGGUGGUUCUCCAUCAUGCUCCUGCCUUGCUAAUUAUAUAGGAAGCCCACCAAAUUGCAGACCUGAAUGUACCAUCAAUUCAGAAUGUUCUAGUAAUUUAGCUUGCAUGCGUGAAAAAUGUAGGGAUCCAUGUCCUGGAUCUUGUGGAGCUAAUGCCCGAUGCAAUGUUAUCAAUCACGUACCAAUUUGUACUUGCCCUGAUGGUUACACUGGAGAUCCAUUUACAAAUUGUUAUCCAAAACCACCACCACCUCCGGAACCAGUUGCCACUGACCCAUGCAACCCAUCACCUUGCGGACCUAAUGCACAAUGCCGUGAUGGUAUUUGUACUUGUUUACCAGAAUACCAAGGUGACCCUUAUCGAGGUUGUAGACCAGAAUGUGUCUUAAACUCGGACUGCAGCAGAAACCUAGCCUGUAUCCGUAACAAAUGCAAAGAUCCAUGUCCUGGAACAUGCGGUACUAAUGCUGAAUGCGCGGUUGUAAACCACAUUCCCAUGUGUUCCUGUUUAACAGGUUUCACUGGCAAUGCAUUUGUACUCUGCUCACCAAUACCACCACCAGUAAUUGCUGACCCUUGUAACCCUAGCCCUUGCGGGCCAAACAGUAUCUGUCGCAAUCACAAUGGACAAGCUGUAUGUACCUGCGUACUAGGCUAUAUUGGUGCACCACCAACUUGCAGACCAGAAUGUGUUACUAGUUCAGAGUGCGAUUUGAACAAAGCAUGCGUCAACCAAAAAUGCAUUGAUCCCUGCCCUGGCACUUGCGGACUUUCAGCUCAGUGUCAAGUCGUCAACCAUAACCCAAUAUGUAGUUGUCCACAUAAAUUCACUGGGGAUCCGUUUAUUAGAUGCAUUCCAAUUCGUAAGUUAAUUUUACCCUUUUCGAGAGGAGAUAAUCAACACAACCAAUUAUUUGUAGAAGAAGAACCUGUUAUUAUCAAUUUGUGCUCGCCAUCGCCAUGUGGGCCUAACUCACAAUGUCGUGUAGUCAACGAAGCACCUUCGUGCUCCUGCCUCCCAACUUUCGUAGGCGCUCCACCAAAUUGUAGGCCUGAAUGUGUCAGUAACCCUGAAUGUCCAAAUCAUUUGGCUUGUAUUAAUCAAAAGUGUAAAGAUCCUUGCCCUGGUACAUGUGGGCAAAAUGCGGAAUGUAGAGUGGUCAGCCACAGCCCACAAUGUGUGUGCAUCCCUGGUUACACAGGAGAUCCAUUCAGAAGAUGCAUUUUACCAGAAAUACCUACACCCAGACCAGUUGAACAUAUCAACCCUUGUUUCCCAUCACCAUGUGGUGCGAACGCAAUUUGUAAAGAACAUAACAAUGCUGGUUCUUGUAUAUGUAUUCCCGAUUACUACGGCAAUCCAUACGAGGGUUGCAGGCCUGAAUGUGUUUUGAACAGUGAUUGUCCAUCAAACAAAGCAUGCGUUAACAACAAAUGUAAAGACCCAUGUCCUGGUACAUGCGGACAAAAUGCCAACUGCCAUGUUAUUAAUCACUUGCCAUCUUGUACCUGCUAUGCGGGUUAUACUGGAGACCCAUUCAGAUAUUGCAAUUUACCACCUCCGGAACCGGUUGUACAUGAUCCAAUUGAUCCAUGUAAUCCAUCACCUUGCGGCCCUAAUAGCCAAUGUAGAAAUGUCCAAGGCCAAGCAAUUUGCUCUUGCCUGCCCAAUUAUAUUGGUAGCCCACCUGGUUGUAGACCAGAAUGCACAGUAAGCUCUGAAUGUCCUUUGACCAGAGCUUGUGUCAAUUACAAAUGUGUAGACCCAUGCCCAGGCACCUGUGGAUUGAAUGCUAGGUGUGAAGUUAUUAAUCACAGCCCAAUCUGUUCUUGUAUUGCUCGUCAUACUGGAGAUCCAUUUACCAGAUGUUACCCAAUACCACCACCACCUCAAGACCCACCAAAACCUGUUUUUGUCAACCCUUGUGUACCAUCCCCUUGUGGGCCUUACUCACAAUGUAGAGAUAUAGGUGGUUCACCAUCUUGUUCAUGCCUACCAAAUUAUAUUGGCAAUCCACCAAACUGUCGCCCUGAAUGUACCAUCAAUCCGGAAUGCUCAAGUAACCUUGCGUGUAUGAGAGAAAAAUGUAGGGAUCCUUGCCCUGGAUCAUGCGGAGCAAAUGCUCAGUGUAAUGUUCUCAACCACGUACCAAUUUGUACAUGCCCAGCUGGUUAUACAGGUGAUCCAUUCACAAACUGUUAUCCAAAACCACCACCACCUGCGGAUCCUGUGGUAACAGACCCGUGCAACCCUAGCCCAUGCGGACCUAACGCCCAAUGCAGAAAUGGUAUUUGUACAUGUCUCCCAGAAUAUCAUGGUGAUCCUUAUAGAGGAUGCCGACCUGAAUGCGUUUUGAACAAUGAUUGCCCCCAAUCAUUAGCUUGUAUUAGAAACAAAUGCAAAGACCCAUGCCCUGGAACUUGCGGACAAAACGCUGAAUGUGAUGUUAUCAACCACGUGCCAAUGUGUACCUGUAUACCAGGAUAUUCUGGUGACCCAUUCUUUGUUUGUCGCAAAAUCGAAAUACCUGAACCAAGUCACCCAUGCAACCCCAGCCCUUGCGGACCAAACAGCCAAUGCCGUGAAAUAAACGGACAAGCAAUAUGUUCAUGCGUACCAGGUUACAUUGGUGCACCACCAACCUGUCGCCCAGAAUGUGUUACAAGUUCUGAAUGUCCAUUGAACGAAGCGUGUGUGGCUCAGAAAUGUAUUGACCCAUGUCCAGGCACCUGCGGAAUAAGCGCUCAAUGCCAGGUUAUAAACCACAACCCAAUCUGUAGUUGUCCACCGAGGAAUACUGGUGAUCCGUUUAUAAGAUGCUACCCAAUUCCGGAAGAACGCCCACGACCUGUUGAUAUACCCCGUGACCCUUGCGUGCCCUCACCAUGCGGCCAAAAUGCCAAAUGCGACCCGUUACCAAAUGAACAAUACACUUGUACAUGUAUACCCACGUUUAUCGGCACACCACCAAACUGCAGACCUGAAUGCGUUGUAAACCAAGAAUGCUCGUCUAAUUUAGCGUGCAUCCACUCUAAAUGUAGAGAUCCUUGCCCAGGUUCAUGCGGGUAUAAUGCCGAAUGUCAUGUUAUACACCAUGUACCAAACUGCGUAUGCGUAACUGGAUAUAUCGGUGACCCAUUCACUUCUUGCCAACCAAUUCCACCAACACCACCACCACCUCCGGAAAAACCUGACCCAUGCAUACCAUCACCAUGUGGUUCAAAUGCCAGAUGUCGUGUGGAAUACGACCAAGCGGUUUGUGAAUGUAUGCCGGAAUACAGAGGCAAUCCUUAUGAAGCUUGCAGACCUGAAUGUGUUGCCAACACUGAUUGCCCCAUGAAUCGUGCUUGUAUUCGUAAUAAAUGUCAAGACCCAUGUCCGGGAACUUGUGGUAUCAAUGCGCAAUGUGAUGUGAUUAAUCAUAUUCCAAUGUGUACUUGUCUCCCUGGUUAUACUGGAGAUGCGUUUAGACUUUGCAACUUUAUCCAACCAAGAGAUGAACCAGUUGUUGAUCCCUGCAAUCCAUCACCAUGCGGUAUUAACACAAUCUGCCGCACAUCAGGAAAGAACGCAAUCUGUGAAUGCCUCCCUGGUUUCUUCGGAACACCAAAUGCAGGUGGUUGUAGACCAGAAUGUACCAUCAGCGCAGAUUGUCCCAGAAACCGUGCUUGUUCGAAUAUGAAAUGUAUUGACCCAUGUCCUGGUGUAUGCGGCUUCAAUGCUGUUUGCCAGGUCAUCAAUCACAGCCCAGUGUGCAGUUGUCCGGCACCUAUGAUUGGGGAUCCAUUCACACAUUGCCGAGAACCACAAGCUGAACCUGUGGAUCCAUGCAAUCCAUCUCCAUGUCGCGCUAAUGGUCAAUGCAGAGUACAAAAUGGUGCUGCAACCUGCGUGUACCCAGAAUGUGUCAUCAAUCAAGACUGCCCUAGGACCAAAGCUUGUUACAAUCAAAAAUGCAGAGACCCUUGCAGAGAUGCUUGUGGUCUUAAUGCUUUAUGUCAACCUAUUAAUCACAACGCGGUGUGUUCAUGCCCACCUGGUUAUGAAGGCGUACCUGAAAUACAAUGCCGUGUUCAAAGAGUGGAAAUACCCAAACCUGAAUGUAUUCAUGAUUCAGAAUGUACUCUGGAUAAAGCUUGUAUUAACCAACAAUGUCGCAAUCCUUGCCUGGAUAACAUCUGUGGAGCUAAUGCGGAAUGUCGUGUACAAACACACAGACCCAUUUGUUUCUGCAGAGAUGGUUUCACUGGAAAUGCACAUAGUGCUUGUGUUGAAAUUGGUUGCCGAUCUGAUUCUGAAUGUCCCGCAAUACAAUCCUGUGUAAACAGAGAAUGUGUUGACCCAUGUCUGUACACACAGUGUGGCAUCAACGCAUUCUGCAGAGCAGACUCAAACCACCGUGCUCGUUGCUAUUGCCCUGACAGAUUCAGAGGAGACCCACAAGUCAGAUGUGAAAGACCUGAAUGUACCGUUGAUGAAGAAUGCCCUUACAACCUGGCAUGCAGAAAUGAACGUUGUGAAGAUCCAUGCAACUGUGGCUUUGCUGCCAUUUGUCAUGUGACCAACCAUCGUCCACAAUGUUCUUGCCCACCAGGAUACAUCGGCAAUCCACAAAUAUCCUGUAACAUCGCACCUGUUGUCGUAGAACCACAAUGUAAAAUGGACGCUGAUUGUACCAGCAAACUUGCAUGUUUCAGCGGAGUCUGUAAAAACCCAUGCGUGGAAACUAGACCAUGUGGUGUUAAUGCGGAAUGUUCUGUUGUUGAUACUCUACCACUGCGUACCAUGUCUUGCUUAUGCUUGCCAGGUUACGUUGGUGACGCUGAUAAGGAAUGUCGUCUAGCACCUCAUGAUGAACCUGGAUGUAAAUCAAGCGAUGAUUGCUCAUUGAGUGAGACUUGUUUGAACAGACAAUGUGUUAACCCAUGUGCUGUUGCGAACCCAUGCGCGUUGACCGCGAAAUGUUCCCCGACGAAUCAUAAGGCUUUGUGUAGAUGUCCACCGGGAUUAGUUGGUGAUCCAUUUAUUAAAUGUAGCCAAGUACCCCAAAACAAGCCAGAAUGUACCACCAGUUCAGAAUGCGCUAAUGACCGCGCUUGUAUCAACCAACGCUGCCAAGACCCAUGCGCCCUUGCAAAUCCAUGCGGAAACAAUGCAAAUUGUAGAACCAACCAACACCAUCCAACAUGCAAAUGUCCAGAUGGUUGGGGCGGUAACCCACAAGUACUUUGUUACAAACCUGAAUGUAAAUCUGACAACGAAUGUCCCUACGAUAAGGCCUGUAUCAACGAAAACUGCUUAAACCCAUGCCUGACCACUUCCUGUGGUCGUGGAGGUGAAUGUGUGGUUCAAGCCCACCGGGCCAAAUGCCAAUGUCCCUUCGGUACCCAGGGUAACCCACUUGUAUCUUGCAUUGCUGGCGUAUGUCAAUACAAUGAAGACUGCGCUGAUCACGAAGCAUGCGACCGUUUGAACCGCGUCUGUCGCCCUGUAUGCGAUGAUGUGACCUGUGCAGUAACAGCAACCUGUAUUGGUCGUAACCAUCAACCUAAAUGCCAAUGUCCAAUUGGAACAAAUGGCAAUCCAUACCAAGAAUGUUUGGCUCCCAGACAACCAGAACCUGAAUGUAAAACUGAUUCAGACUGUCCACCACAACUUGCUUGCAUCAACGCACACUGCCAGAACCCGUGCGCAAUUAACAACGUAUGCUCAAUUGAUCAAGAGUGCAGAGUUUUGGAUUCAUUACCUCUGCGUACGGUUAUGUGUCAAUGUCCACCUGAUACAUUUAUUGAUAACAAUGGCCGAUGCCGAACAAUUAUGUAUGACCAAGCGCAAUGCCACGUGGAUAACGACUGCAGUGAUCGAGAGAAGUGCGUGAGGGGAUCUUGUCGAGAUGCUUGCAGUGUUGACUUCUGUGGUGUGAAUGCCCAAUGUAACUCUAGAUAUCAUCAAGCUUUGUGCACAUGCGCACCUGGUUAUACAGGAAACCCACAUGUGGAAUGCAGCAAUAUACCUAAAUCACCUACGGUUAUACCUGUACCUGAAUGUAUAUCUGAUGCGGAUUGUACCUAUGACAAGACCUGCAGAAAUGACCGUUGCGUAAACCCAUGUCUUUACGAUAAACCAUGCGCGAUUGGUGCUUUCUGUUCGAUUAACCAUCAUCAAGCAAUUUGUAAUUGUCCGUCUGGAUAUGAAGGAAAUCCUAAGAUUGAAUGUAUACCACCGGUUGAACCAACAGUCGGAUGUAAAUCUAACAGUGAAUGUGCAAGAUCAGAAGCCUGCGUCAAUGCCCGUUGUGUUAGCCCUUGUAACUGUGGACCACACGCGGAAUGCCGCGUUACCAACCAUUAUCCAAUCUGUUAUUGUCGCCCAGGUUAUUCUGGUAACCCACAAAUUGGAUGUGUCAAACUUGGCUGUCAAAGUGAUAAUGAAUGCGCCAGUGAUAAACAAUGCUACAAUGGUCAAUGCAUCAACCCUUGUAUCCUGGGUGAUCCCUGCGCUGCCAGUGCAGAAUGCUACGGAAAUAACCAUCGUGCAACUUGCCGUUGCCCAUCCGGGUACAUUGGUAAUCCAUUCCAACGUUGUGAACGUGUCGAAUGUCACGUGGAUGCUGAAUGCCCACUCAAUCGCGCUUGCAUCCAACAACGUUGCGUUGACCCUUGUUCCAGUAUUGCUAACCCACCAUGCGCGCAGAACGCCAUCUGUUACGCUCAAAACCAUGCAGCUGGUUGUAUGUGCCCACCACAUUUAAGCGAAGGCAAUCCUCUGUCAUAUUGCACCGCACCUGUUUUGAUCGCUGGUAAAGCCGAAUGCCAACUGGAUGUAGACUGCCCAAGCAAAUUAGCGUGUAUUAAGAACUCAUGCGUUAAUCCCUGUCAUGAACUAUCACCAUGCCACAGGACAGCUCAGUGUUCUGUUUUGGAUACCGUCCCUGUACGAACAAUGAUUUGCACUUGCCCUGAAGGAUGGGUACCUAAUGAUGACGGUGAAUGUCAUGCUGUUAUCGUCCCAAGUCCACCUGGUUGCACUUCUGAUGACGAGUGUCCCACAACUGAAGCUUGUAUCAAUAGAAUGUGCAGGAACCCAUGUGAUUGUGGUACCAAUAGUGCUUGCUUUGUCCAAAACCAUCGCCCGAUUUGUUCCUGUGAAGAGGGACAUGAAGGAAACCCAAAUAUUGCUUGUCGCGCAGUUGGUUGUCGAAUUGAUUCAGAAUGCGAGUCUGGAAAGGCUUGCAUCAAUGGCAACUGUAUCAACCCAUGUUUGAUUCGUGACCCAUGCGGUAUCAAUGCUGAGUGUUAUGUGUUCCGAAACCGUGCAGAGUGUAGAUGUCUAAGCGGAUACCGUGGUAAUCCAUUAGACAGGUGCAUGGUUGUAGGCUGUACCUCAAACUCUGACUGUCCAGGAGAUCGUCAAUGUAUCAAUGCCCAGUGUAUCAAUCCAUGUGUCUAUGAUAAUCCUUGCUCACCUAGAGCAGAAUGCCGUGUCCAAAAUCAUAUGGCCUUGUGUAGAUGCCCAGUUGGAUACAUUGGUAACCCAUAUGUCGACUGCCGCCGUGAACCACAACCUGAAUGUCGUGAAGACCCUGAAUGUCCAUCAAGGUUAGCUUGUAUCAAGAACAGAUGUCAAGACCCUUGCGCUAUACUUGAACCCUGCCACACACCAUCUCAAUGUGAGGUUGUACCUUCAGUACCUGUGCGUACCAUGAUCUGUAUCUGUCCACCUGGAUACAUUAGUAGUGGUAGCGGUACCUGUGUCCCAACUAUACCUGUGAAGGAAGUAGGAGGUUGUGUAACUGACCCUGAUUGUCCCGCAAACCGUGCUUGUGUGCAAGGCAUCUGUAAAGACCCAUGUAAUUGCGGACCUAACGCCGAGUGCCGUAUCAAGAACCACAAACCUGUAUGCACCUGCAGACAAGGAUACGACGGAAACCCUGAAAUUGAAUGUUCCAAGGUGGGAUGCCGAAGUGACUCGGAAUGUCACGGUACCCAUUCUUGUAUCAACAGACAAUGUGUCGCCGUAUGUGAUGCCACCUCCUGCGGUCUGCAAGCUAACUGCCUGGGAAUAAACCACAGAGCAAUCUGUGAAUGUUUGCCAGGAUAUCAAGGCAAUCCCAAAACAGCGUGUAUUUUGAUCGGUUGUAGAGCCGAUUCAGAAUGUCCUCUUGACCGUGCCUGUGUUAAUCAAAAAUGCGCAAGUCCCUGUGAUGCCAACCCAUGUCUAUCUCCAUCAAUCUGCAGAGUGUUUGACCACAAAGCAGUUUGUGCUUGUCCAAGCGGUUAUAACGGAGAUGGCAAAGGAGGUUGCGUGAAAGAAGAAGUGAAGUGUAGAUCCGAUUCGGACUGUCCUUCCCAAACUGCCUGUAUAAAUAACGAAUGUGUCAACCCUUGUAAUGCUACUGAACCGUGCGGUGUUAAUGCCGACUGCAGAAUUCUCGAUACCACCCCUGUAAGAACCAUGAUCUGCGAGUGUUUGCCAGGGUACCAAGGCAACGCAGCUGUUCAAUGCGACAAAAUGGCACUAUGUAGGACCGAUAAGGGCUACAUCACAACCCCAGAUGGUAACUGCGUUUGUCCUCCAAACACCGCUCUGAAUGAAAACGACGAGUGUGUCCUGUGUCCAAUCGAAAAGGGAUUAAAGGUUGAUGACCGUGGAAGAUGUGUAUGCGCCUUAGAACGUGGUCUCAACAUUGACGAACGUGGUAACUGCGUAUGCCCAACCGAAUUUGGUUACCGCCUUGAUUCGAGAGGUAACUGCGUGCCUGUCAUUGGACCAGAAUGCGAAAACGACGAACACUGCCCCGACCAUCGAUUCUGUAACCCACAAACCAAAACCUGUGAUGACCCAUGCUCCAUCAAAAACUGCGGAAUCAACGCAUUGUGUAACGCUACCAACCAUCAAGCCGUGUGCCAAUGCAUCACAGGUUACACUGGAGACCCAGAAGUCCUCUGUAAUAGAACAUCACCAUUCCGUACUGAUUUCCCAAGACCUGAGAUGGUCGUCAGUUGUUUAUCAGACGGCGUCCAAGUGGAGAUCCACAUCACUGAACCUGGAUUCAAUGGUGUACUCUACGUGAAAGGUCAUAGCAAGGACGAACAAUGUCGAAGAGUUGUCACAUUACCAUCAGACACCCUGAAUAGAAUAGAAUACUUCAAGGUCCAAUUCGGUAACUGUGGUCUUAUCCACGUUAAUGGUCAAGCUAGUUUCGUACUGGUGAUACAGAAACAUCCUAAACUGGUCACCUACAAAGCCCAGGCAUAUCACAUCAAAUGUGUCUAUCAAACUGGAGAACAUAACGUAACCCUUGGUUUCAACGUCUCCAUGUUAACAACAGCAGGAACCAUUGCCAAUACAGGACCUCCACCAACAUGUCUCAUGAAGAUCGUUACCCCAACUGGUCAAGAGAUAAACUCAGCUGAAAUCGGUGACAACUUAAUGUUGCAAGUUGAUGUUCAGCCAGGAUCUAUUUACGGAGGUUUUGCAAGAAGUUGCGUAGCCAAAACCAUGGAAGAUAAUAUAGAGAAUGAAUAUCUGGUAACAGAUGAAAAUGGCUGCGCGACAGAUCCCACCAUCUUUGGAGAAUGGGAGUAUAACUCAGACACGCAGAGUUUACUUGCAAGCUUCAAUGCUUUCAAAUUCCCCAGUAGUGACAAUAUUAGAUUCCAGUGCAAUAUUCGGGUCUGUUUUGGAAAAUGUCAACCCGUUAAUUGUCGUGGAUACAACGCAUUUGGUCGAAGAAAACGAGAUGUAGAUGACGAAAACAACACCGACCUCGCCAACAGUGGAGACCUUAUCAAUGGUCAACUUCGCGAGGAGAUAACAAUCCAAUCUAACGCUAUUCUAACAUUUGAAAGACGUGAGGAAAGAUUUACAGAUCCACAAGAAGCUCCUGAUGCCCAAAGAGUGGAAGAUAUUUGCGUGUCAAUGAUCGGUUUCAUCAUCGCGCUGAUCAUCACAGCCUUAUUGGCACUUGUGGCGGUUGCUGUGGCAGUAUCCUGUUGGCUAAUGGCCUAUCGUCGCAGACCGAAAGCCUCAGGUCCCCUGCCACAUCCGCCUGAAUUCCCCAACCCACUCUUCACCACGCCGGAGCCAAUGACCGAGCCGAGCCCCGACUACCUCACGUAAUAUAUCCAAACAACGAAAUACUCGAAUACAAAACUCCAGAACGGAAACUACAGACUAAAUGAAAAUAAUUUUUGUAUUAUAUUAUAAAUAUGCGAAUUUAUGAAACAGCGUUCGGCGACAUUCCGGCGCGUGUCUCAUCGGUCUUUGCUCAGAGGUAUUACAAAUCUACUAGCUACUCAAACAAACACAAACUGCCAAUGCCAAAUUAAAGACUGAGCGUGCCGUAAUGUCGUCGAAGCGUAAAGUAGUGAAUAAUAGCACAACGCAUUUGAAAAUUUUGAAAAAAAUUUUGAUUUUUAAAUGCGUUGUAAUAAUCUAUCUUUUCCUUUGGCUUUCGCCCAAGAUAUGUUUGUUUUAAGUUUCAAUUUAAUUAAUUAUUCGACAAGGGAAUUGAAUAAGUCUCUAAACGGUGGUGGGUUCUAUAACGCUCCUAACUCUUCUAACUGAACCUUUUCUCUCCUCUUCCCUUGACACUUAAAUGAAAGCCAUCGGAAGAUGUAGACUCGUACCGUAAGAUAUACAUAUACGUUUAAUAAUAAUAAGACUAUUAUUUUUUGAUUUUUUAUUGUAUAAAGCGUGUGAAUGAUGAUGGGAUGUGAAUGCGAUGUUUACUCGACCUAAAAAAAAUAUGGUGCUGACUGAUUCUCUUUUCGAGCGGUCGUUUUUAGUCAAUCACUACCCCUAGAGUCCUCUAUUGAUCAAAGAUGAACGGAAAAUGUAAAAUACCACACUUGAACAAAGCGAAAACAAUCUUACACUAGUGUACUACUAAUAAUUUAUUAUAGAAGAGAUGUAUUUGUUGCAAAGUAUUAACUUUCCAAAUGUUAAACACAAAAAAACAACCUUUUAGUAAUUAAUAUCUAAAUAACUUGAUUCCUCUUUGUCAUUUUGUGAUAAUUGCUUCCACAAUAAAAUUGUUUAAUAAUUAUAA